AUGAAAGAGCCUCGUUGGUUGGUGGUGGUGAUGAAAGAGCCUCGUUGGUUGGUGGUGGUGAUGAAAGAGCCUCGUUGGUUGGUGGUGGUGGUGAUGAAAGAGCCUCGUUGGUUGGUGGUGGUGAUGAAAGAGCCUCGUUGGUUGGUGGUGGUGGUGAUGAAAGAGCCUCGUUGGUUGGUGGUGGUGAUGUGAAAGAGCCUCGUUGGUUGGUGGUGGUGAUGUGAAAGAGCCUCGUUGGUUGGUGGUGGUGAUGUGAAAGAGCCUCGGUGGUUGGUGGUGGUGGUGGUGAAAGAGCCUCGUUGGUUGGUGGUGGUGUGAAAGAGCCUCGUUGGUUGGUGGUGAUGAAAGAGCCUCGUUGGUUGGUGGUGGUGAUGAAAGAGCCUCGUUGGUGUUUGUUAGCUGCUGUCUAGAGGUCAAAGGUCAUUUCGAAACAGUGACUGGAGAUUGCAUCAAUGGAAAUACUCAGAAUUCCACUGAUGUGAAGUAGGACACACCUCCUGUCCUCUUAGUGUCAGCAGAUCAGGUGAUCACUUCCUGUGUGUGUAAUGACUUCAUCAUUACUUAGGCACAGUCUACCAACAAACCUCAGAACCUAAACUUAAGUGCCAAUUCAGUGUUUUCAUGUUGGCAGCUGUGGUUUGUGUUUCAGGUGCCCCGCCUAGCAGAAUCUGGGGAGAACACUGUCUGACUUCUAGGAAUGGGAGAAAAAUGGAUACAUUAGAGUAUCGCAAACAAUUUUUGGUUGUUGCUAGGUAGCUAACGUUAGCUACUAGGUAGCGCUAGUCUUCGGGAUUACUCCUCCUAUAGCUUGGCCUCCAUCUUCUGUUUUAAAUAGUGAGCAAACAUGUUUGCAGCACUUCUAUGUCCCAUGACUGAUCAAAACCUGUUUUCUCAUGGCUCUCUCUUGUCCCUCUGCAGCAGACAUGGAGUGAGCAGUAUGUUUGGACAUCGAAUCGCAAUGAAACCGCAGUAUCGAAUCGCAAUAAAUCGAAUCGCCUUGUAAAAGUAUUCAUCCCCCUUGGCGUUUUUUCCUAUUUUGUUGCAUUACAACCUGUAAUUUAAAUUGAUUUUUAUUUGGAUUUCAUGUAAUGGACAUACACAAAAUAGUCCAAAUUGGUGAAAUGAAAUACAAAAAAUAACUUGUUUCAAAAAAAGUAUUAAAAAUAAAUAAUGGAAAAGUGGUGCGUGCAUAUGUAUUCACCCCCUUUGCUAUGAAGCCCCUAAAUAAGAUCUGGUGCAACCAUUUACCUUCAGAAGUCACAUAAUUAGUUAAAUAAAGUCCACCUGUGUGCAAUCUAAGUAUCACAUGAACUGUCACAUGAUCUCAGUAUAUAUACAGCUGUUUUGAAAGGCCCCAGAGUCUGCAACACCACUAAGCAAGGGGCACCACCAAGGAAGCGGCAACAUGAAGACCAAUGAGCUCUCCAAACAGUUUAGGGACAAAGUUGUGGAGUACAGAUCAGGCUUGGGUUAUACAAAAAACAUCAGAAACUUUGAACAUCCCACGGAGCACCAUUAAAUCCAUUAUUAAAAAAUGGAAAUAAUAUGGCACCACAACAAACCUGCCAAGAGAGGGCCGCCCACCAAAACUCACGGACCAGGAAAGGAGGGCAUUAAUCAGAGGCAACAAAGAGACCAAAGAAAACCCUUAAGGAGCUGCAAAGCUCCACAGCAGAGAUUGGAGUAUCUGUCCAUAGGACCACUUUAAGCCGUACACUCCACAGAGCUGGGAAAAAAAUAAGCAAACGCGUUUGGUGUUCGCCAAAAGGCAUGUGGGAGACUCCAAUAUAUGGAAGAAGGUACUCUGGUCAGAUGAGACUAAAAUUGAGCUUUUUGGCCAUCAAGGAAAACGCUAUGUCUGGCGCAAACCCAACACCUCUCAUUAUCCCGAGAACACCAUCCCCACAGUGAAGCAUGGUGGUGGCAGCAUCAUGCUGUGGGGAUGUCUUCUCUGUGUCUCUCUCUCUCUGUCUCUCUCUCUGUCGCUCUCUCUCUGUGUCGCUCCUCUCUCUCUGUGUCGGCUCUUCCUCUUCUCUCUCUCUCUGUCGCUGCUCUCAAAUGGCUCAUGGCUUUUUCUACUGUGAUCUAUAUCUGUGUUGUCUUCUCGUCACGUCCUCUCAUCCUGAGUCGACUUACGGCUUGGUUCUCGCUCCUCUGUCUCAGCUCAUCCGAUGUUCUCUCCCUGCUCCGGCCUCUGUGUUCUCUGUCGCUCUGGUGUCAUUUCUCUUGUCUCUCUCUCUGUCUCUCUCUCUGUGUCUGUCUCUCUCUCUCUCUCCUGUGUGUAUCUCUCUCUCUUUCUCUGUGUUUCUCGUCUCUGUGUCUCUCUCUCUGUGUGCUUCUCAAAGAAAUGACCGUCAUCGGCAGUUUAUUAUUAUUAUUUUUGUCAUUUAGCAGACUCUCUUAUCCAGUCGACUUACAGGAGCAAUUAGGGUUUAGUGCCUUGCUCAAGGGCACAUCGACAGAUUUUUCCCCUAGAUCGGCUCGGGGAUUAGAAAACCAUCGACCUUUCGGUUACUGGCACCAACGCUCUAACCCACUAAGUCUAAACCCUAACCUGCCCGCCCUUAUUAAAAUCUCUGGCAGAGAAAGGAACUAAACUAGUGAGUAGGACUGUGGAAAGGGGGAAGCUAUUAUGACCCAUGAGCCCCAGUGGUCUUCCUCCCACGAGAGGCUCUCUGUUCUGGCCUACGAAACCCUUAGCUGUGUUUUUAAUGCAUGUAUGUUUGAUGGCUCAUUAGCAUGGGGUCUAAUGUGUUUCUGUGGACGUAGGCUAUUGAUCAUUAGCAUCGGGGCUAAUGCGUGUGAUGGAUGUUUUGCCAUUGAUCUAUUGAUCUUAUCCUAUGGUCAUUAUUUCAACAGUGCAGGCCGUGUGUGAAAGCCCCUGGGUAACAGCCCUGUUUAGUGAGUGAGAGAAUGUCUAAAUCUCCAUAGUGUCCUCAUGCAGUACUAUACAUUCUACCUGGUAGUGAAUGUCUGGGGGGUUUGUCAUCUUGUAUGUUGUGGCAAUAAUCAGAUAAGCAUAUUACCUGUGUGUGUACAGUGAUGAUAUUCAGAAUCACACACUCUUUCUCUGUGUGAUUUAUAGCCAACAACUUUACAAAUGAAUGAACCAGCAAAAAGCAUUUCCUCAUUCUGAUGCAAAUAUGCUGCUUCUGUAAAGACCUAUAUGUUUGGUCUUUUAUGUCAUGGUAUGGAAAUACUGGUCUGUAGCUGGCAGCCAGCCUAAUAAUACAACUCCUUAUCAGUGGUCUGUAGCUGGCAGCCAGCCUAAUAAUACAACUCCUUAUCAGUGGUCUGUAGCUGGCAGCCAGCCUAUAAUACGACUCCUUAUCAGUGGUCUGUAGCUGGCAGCCAGCCUAAUAAUACAACUCCUUAUCAGUGGUCUGUAGCUGGCAGCCAGCCUAAUAAUACGACUCCUUAUCAGUGGUCUGUAGCUGGCAGCCAGCCUAAUAAUACAACUCCUUAUCAGUGGUCUGUAGCUGGCAGCCAGCCUAAUAAUACAACUCCUUAUCAGUGGUCUGUAGCUGGCAGCCAGGCCUAAUAAUACAACUCCUUAUCAGUGGUCUGUAGCCCUUCUUCCGUUUUUAUCACUACCGUCAGUUAGCACAAUAUAAAAACCUCUAUGGCUGUAGUAGUAGUGUCCCUGUACUGCGCUUGUUGUGCAUCCCAAAUGACACCCUAUUCUCCUUUUUAUAGUGCACUACUUUUGGUCAAAAAGGCUCUGGUCAUUGAGCUCUGGUCAAAAGUAGUGCAAUAUGUAGGGUAUAGGGUGCCAUUUGGGACAGUCUUACUGUAGCGUCAUAUAUAUAUAUAUAUAUAUAUAUAUAUAUAUAUAUAUAUAUAUAUACACAUACACACACACACACCACACACAGAGAGAGAUCUAUAGGCUGUUACUCUGUUCUGCUCUCUCUCUCUCUCUCUCUCUGUGCUUGGCAUUUGGAGACUUUACAGAGCCAUCCCGGUUGGCACCAAACGUUCCAUGAAGACAAUAACAUUCUGUCUUAGAACCUUUGGUGGCAACACGGUGGCUGUUUUUAAAUUCUAAACCUCAAACCAAGUUUGCCAAACUCCAUAGAAAUUAACUUUGAAUUCUAUGCCAUUGCCAAACUCUAUACAGUAUCUAUGGGCCUCCUGCCUAGCCCUGCCUUGACUCCAGUUUCUGUCAGGUCUAGGUGACUUGAAUCUGUUUCAGCCCUGUCUUCACUUUGAGUUCAACAAGACUGACUUUGGUGGACUAAGUCCCAGCAGGACAUGAACUGGUCUGUCUGGUUCCUAGUAUCUCCCCAGAGAGAUGGGUUGAGGCCAAGGCCAGGUCAACUGGGCUCAGUCUAUCCUUAGCUAUCAGAGCCGUCUCUCAGGAUGUGUGUGUUUGACAGAGGAAGGAGGAAGGGGUGGUGGAGGGGCCCCACCUCUCACCACAGGAACCACACGCACUCCUGUCACCACACCACCAGGCAGUGUCACUGACACACGCCUGCAGACGUCACGUGGACCGACCCUUGUCAACAGCAGUAUGGUAGUGGGUUAAACCAUAACGUCACCAGUGUAGGGGUGAUCUAACCUGCUAUUCAGGGUGGGCAGUGUGUGUCAGGAGGGACCAACGGCACCAUGGAAACAGUGGAACCCAUUACACCCCUGGGGUGAUUCCCAAACAGCACCCUAUAUCCUAUGUAGUGAACUACCAUCAGUCUCUGGUCAAAAGUAGUGCAGUAUAUAGGGGAUAGGCUGGCGUUUGGGACGCAACCCUGCUCUCUGUGUGUUUUAUAUAAACACAUCUUAGCUCUGUCUGGAGGACUACUGUGGUGUGUGUGUGUGUGUGUGUGUUAGUAUUACUGUCCUCAUUGGUACCGGAAAUCCCCCAAAGUCCCCACAAUGAUAGGAAAACAAGGAACGUUCUCUCUGGUUUGGACAUUUUAUUUCCCAGGUCCCCACAUGGACAUGUUAGGGAGGAUAGGAGUUUGAAUGGAACAAAACGUUUGGUCCCCACAAGGACAAAGGAUAUGUUAGGGUUAGGGAGGAUAGGAGUUUGAAUGGAAUGUGAUUCAUUCAUAGUGAGAGUGUUGGGUGGGUGUGUGUGACCGUGUGGUCAGACAGUGGUGCUCUACGUCCCAAAUAGGCAUUACAUUAGCUCAGUUGGCCCUGGUCAAAAGUAGUGCACUAUAUAGGGAAUAGGGUGCCAUUUGGGACAGAGCCUAUGUGGUCAUCUAGAGUUUCUCUAGCCCUGAUCUGACCAGACAAACCGAUGUCACACCAUCCAUAACACCACCUCACUCACUACUCUCCACAUGACGUGCAGUGUUUCCUCUAUAUUUAUUUAGCAGCGGUGGCUUGCUUUUAAAUGGAUAGUUGUUGGCUCAAUGACUGGAAGUCUAUGGGAACAGCCAGCAUGUCUCUCUCUCCCCCCUCUCGUUUUUUCACCUCUCCCCCCCCCUCUCGUUCUCUCACCUCUCUCUUUGCCUCCCUAUCUCUCCCUCUCUGUCGGUCUCUCUCCCCCCCCCUCUCUGUCGGUCUCUCUCCCCCCCCUCUCUCUGUCGGUCUCUCUCCCCCCCUCUCUCUGUCGGUCUCUCCCCUUCUCCCCCUUCUCUGUCGUCUCUCCCCCCCUCUCUGUCGGUCUCUCUCCCCCCCCCUCCUCUGUCGGUCUCUCCCCCCCCUCUCUCUGUCGGUCUCUCCCCCCCCUCUCUCUGUCGGUUCUCCCUCCCCCCCGCCUCUCUCUGUCUCUCUCCUCCCCCCCUCUCUCUGUCGGUCUCUCUCCCCCCCCCUCUCUCUGUCGUCUCUCCCCCCCCUCUCUCUGUCGGUCCUCUCCCCCCCUCUCUCUGUCGGUUCUCUCUUCUCUCCCCCCCCCCUCUCUCUGUCGGUCUCUCCCCCCCCCCUUCUCUCUGUCGGUCUCCUCUCUCCCCCCCUCUUCUAUAUAAAUGCCUCCCCCCCUUUCUCUCGUGCAUCUUUGUGUUGGUCCCAUCCCCCCCUCUCGGUCUGUCCGGUCUCUCCCCCCCCCCUCUGCUCUGUCGGUCUCUCCCCCCCCCUCUCGCUGUCGGGCUCUCCCCCCACCCCCCCCUCUCUGUCGGUCUCUCUCCCCCCCUCUCCUCUGUCGGUCUCUCUCCCCCCCCUCUCUGUCGGUCUCUCUCCCCCUUUUCUCUGUCGGUUUCUCUCCCGCUCUCCCUCGCUCUCUCUCUCCAAGGAUGUUGGUGGAAGCAUGACCUUCAACUUCAUGCCUAGUCAUUAGCUCAGUUGGCUAACACACUCACUCAACUCUCCUCUCUCUCCCUCCCAGGUGUGCGUGUGUUGGUGGAUGCCAGAGAGAAGCUCCACAUCCCGUGGGGAGAGGCGUCCAACCAGGGGCACGGAGAGACCAUGAUGGCGUUUGACACGCGGUCGGCCAGGAUGGCCCACGGUAUGGUGGAGACCAGGGUCUUCUUGCAGUACCUGCCCUCCAUCCGGGCUCUGUGGGCCGACACGGGCAUCCAGGACGCCUACGACAGGCGCAGGGAGUUCCAGCUGGUGAGGACACACACGUAGAGAAACACACACGCAGAGAGAAAGGCCCAACAUAUACAACCAACAAAGGGGUUUGCAGCUGGUAUGGGCACAGAGUAGUUGAGUGUUUGACACUCUCUCUCGCUCUCCCCCGCCCCCCUCCGCUCUCCCCCCCUCUCCUCCUCCCCCCUCUCCCCGCCUCCCGCCCCCCCCUCUCCCGCCCCCCCUCUCGCUCUCCCCCCUCUCCAGCUCUCUCCCCCCUCUCCAGCUCUCUCCCCCCUCUCCAGCUCUCUCCCCCCUCUCCAGCUCUCUCCCCCCUCUCCCAGCUCUCCCCCCCUCUCCAGCUCUCCCCCCUCUCCAGCUCUCCCCCCCUCUCUCCAGCUCUCCCUCCCCUCCCCCCUCUCUCCAGCUCUCCCCCCUCUCUCCAGCUCUCCCCCCUCCUCUCUCCAGCUCUCCCCCCUCUCUCCAGCUCUCCCCCCUCUCACCAGCUCUCCCGCCCCUCUCUCCAGCUCUCCCCCGCCCCUCUCUCGCUCUCCCGCCCCUCUCUCGAUCGCUCCCCCCCCCCCCCCCUCUCUCCGCUCUCCCCCUCUCCCCCUCUCCGCCCCCUCUCUCCCCCUCCCCCUCUCUCGUUCCUCUCUCGCUCCCCCCCCCCUCUCGCCCUCCCGCCCUCUCUCCUCUCUCCGCCCUCCUCCUCUCCCCCUCUCUCUCUCCCCGCCCUCCUCCCUCUCCUCUGUCCUCUCCGCCUCUCUCAUCUCUCUCCCUCCCCCUCUCUCUCGCUCUCCCGCCCUCUCUCUCCCUCCCCGCUCUCUCGUCUCUCCCAUCCCGCCCUCCUCUCUCGCCCCUCUCUCCCUCCUCCUCUCCGCUUCUCCUCCCGCCUCCUCUCUCCCCCUCUCGUCUCCGCCUCCCCGCCCUCUCUCCCUCUCCCCCUCUCUCUCCGCUCCCCAUCUCUCUCCCGCCCUCCCACUCUCUCUCCCAUCUCUCUCCCGCUCUCCCAUCUCUCUCUCUCUCCCCCUCCCCUCUCUCCCUCUCCCCCCUCUCCCUUCUCCCUCUCUCCCCUCUCUCCCUCCCUCUCCCCCCCCCUCCCCCUCUCUCUCUUGGUGGUGUUAAUAUUAGCUUGUAAAGCAGUGUGUUGUUCUCUUGUUCACCAUCUAUGACUGUACUGAGGACUGUGCAGGGGACUCUCCAAACUGGAGCUGAUCGUCGUUUACUCUGUAAACUACCAUCACUCAUUCAGCCUAGGCACCGGCGCUGAGCCUCCUCCAGCUGCAAUCCCUCAUCCCCCCUCUCUUUAUCAUGAUAAAACCUAGAGGAUAGCCUGCAGACAGACAGACCCCACACACACACUGUUAAAGGAAUAGUUCCCCCCCAAUACAUCAGUCUGUCAGAGCUUUGUCCUACAUCAUCAGUGGCUUUCCUAUGUGUAUGAUGACAUUUCAGCUGCCUUGUUCACUGUUAAGUUGCUUAGGGGCUGGUUUCCCGGACACAGAUUAAAACACAGAUUAAGCCAAUGGUUUUGGACUAAGAAUCACUUUCAAUGGAGAAUAUUUUUAGUCUAAGACUAGGCUAAUAUGUGCCUUGGAAACCAGCCCAAGUGUUUGACCCUCAGACACUACAAGUAGUAGUAGUCUUUAAAAUCUUUUCUGUCCUGCUGUGUUUACUAGUCAUGUUGAGUCAUCCUAGCUGUUGUUCUAACGCCAGAUAUUCACUACAAGAAUCUGUCAGAUAUUCACUACAAGAAUCUAACAUCAGAUAUUCACUACAAGAAUCUGUCAGAUAUUCACUACAAGAAUCUGUCAGAUAUUCACUACAAGAAUCUGUCAGAUAUUCACUACAAGAAUCUGUCAGAUAUUCACUACAAGAAUCUGUCAGAUAUUCACUACAAGAAUCUGUCAGAUAUUCACUACAAGAAUCUGUCAGAUAUUCACUACAAGAAUCUAACAUCAGAUAUUCACUACAAGAAUCUGACAUCAGAUAUUCACUACAAGAAUCUAACAUCAGAUAUUCACUACAAGAAUCUAACAUCAGAUAUUCACUACAAGAAUCUAACAUCAGAUAUUCACUACAAGAAUCUAACAUCAGAUAUUCACUACAAGAAUCUAACGUCAGAUAUUCACUACAAGAAUCUAACGUCAGAUAUUCACUACAAGAAUCUAAUCAGAUAUUCACUACAAGAAUCUAACGUCAGAUAUUCACUACAAGUGGCCAGUUUGGGAAUUUAAUGUCAGAUAUUCACUACAAGUGGCCAGUUUGGGAAUCAAACCCACUACUCUGAUGGUUCAUACAAACUAACACGCUCCAACCAGCUCACUCACUGAAGCCACUUUGUCACUGUUUGUCUCUGGAAGAUUUUACUGCUGUAAAAUCUCUCUUUGCGAAGAACACCUAUACCAAGAAGUCAGGAAAUCAGACAUCCUACUUACUAAUAUUCAACAUAGCCAUUGAAACCAGUUCAGUGUGAACUGCACUUUGUGAUUCCUGCUAAACCCACAGCUGAUUCCUUGUGAAGUAUCUACAGUGGUUUCUAAAGGGGUUUCUGGUAGUCUGUCUGUUUUAGGGGUGCUCCCUCAUCCCAGGGAGGCUGUCAUCUGAGACCCAGGGGGGGGGGGUAACGAACGGCAGCAGGCCGUACUCCCUCCCACUUCUGCUAACGCUCACGCUCACUUCCCAAAGCUUACACAGAAUGGACACUCAGUUCACCACUUUCUGUUGGCUUUUCAUACUUGGGUCUUUCCCCAAAGUGUUACACAGAGAUUCAUUUCACUAUUAAAAGGAGAGGGUUAACAUUUAGAGAGGCUCAAUUUCUGUUGUGUUUGAUGCUUGGGGCUGUUUGUGGUCUGUUUACUUUACCAAAUAAAUAUGUCACAUUUAUAUUGUGUAUGGUAAUAUAAAAUAUUAGAGACUUUAUUUUACCGUUCAUCUUUAAAGUGGGAUGAUUUGAUUUUAAACAGUUUAAUGGCGCUGGAGGGAAUAGCAGCCAUUUUGACAGGCUCCUGACCAAAUGUACUAUUUUUACAUGCUUACUUACGAGCAACUUUUUAACUCCGCAUUGGUGGGAAAAUUGCUGGUAAGUAAGCAUUUCACGGUAGUCUACACCUGUUGUAAGUAAGCAUUUCACGGUAGUCUACACCUGUUGUAAGUAAGCAUUUCACGGUAGUCUACACCUGUUGUAAGUAAGCAUUUCACGGUAGUCUACACCUGUUGUAAGUAAGCAUUUCACGGGUAGUCUACACCUGUUGUAAGUAAGCAUUUCACGGGUAGUCUACACCUGUUGUAAGUAAGCAUUUCACGGGUAGUCUACACCUGUUGUAAGUAAGCAUUUCACGGGUAGUCUACACCUGUUGUAAGCAUUUCACGGGUAGUCUACACCUGUUGUAAGUAAGCAUUUCACGGUAGUCUACACCUGUUGUAAGUAAGCAUUUCACGGUAGUCUACACCUGUUGUAAGUAAGCAUUUCACGGUAGUCUACACCUGUUGUAAGUAAGCAUUUCACGGUAGUCUACACCUGUUGUAAGUAAGCAUUUCACGGUAGUCUACACCUGUUGUAAGUAAGCAUUUCACGGUAGUCUACACCUGUUGUAAGUAAGCAUUUCACGGUAGUCUACACCUGUUGUAAGUAAGCAUUUCACGGUAGUCUACACCUGUUGUAUUCAGCGCAUAAAAUUAGACUUUCUUUGAAAACAGACUGGAUAAUAGUUCCACCACUAAUGGCUUCUGAGAUGGACACACACACACUGACACACACACACACACACACACACACACUGACACACACACUGACACACACACACACACACACACACUGACACACACACACUGACACACUGACACACACACACACACACACUGACACACACACACUGACACACACACACUGACACACACACACACACUGACACACAACUACCACACACUGACACACACACACUGACACACACACACUGACACACACACACACUGACACACACACACUGACACACACACACACUGACACACACACACUGACACACACACUGACACACACACACUGACACACCACACACUGACACACACACACACUGACACACACACACACUGACACACACACACACUGACACACACACACACUGACACACACACACUGACACACACACACUGACACACACACACUGACACACACACACUGACACACACACACUGACACACACACACUGACACACACACACUGACACACACACACACACACACACACACACACACACACUGACACACACACACAUAGACACACACACACACACUGACACACACACACACUGACACACACACACACUGACACACACACACAGACACACACACACACUGACACACACUGACACACACACACACUGACACACACACACACUGACACACACAAACUAGCUUUGCCAAGAGUGUGCAAAGCUCUCAUCAAGGCAAAGGGUGGCUCUACCCACAUGUAUAUAUUACCUCCAUUACCCCUGCACAUUGACUCUGUACCGGUACCCCCUGUAUAUAGCCUCGCUACUGUUAUUUUUACUGCUGCUCUUUAAUUAUUUGUUACAAUAUAAAAUAAUACGAAAUAAUAGUAUUUUUUUAGAAUCUAUUUUUUUUAAUGUUUUUUUUGGGGGGGUUGGUAUUCUUAACUGCAUUGUUGGUUAAGGGCUUGUAAGGAAGCAUUUCACUGUAAGGUCUACACCUGUUGUAUUCGGCGCAUGUGACAAAUAAAAUGAUUUGAUAUCUGUUCCACACACUCCACUUCUAACUCAAUGUUGCCCUGCGUUGAUUGCACCCUCUUCAACAGAACCCAGGUCAGUGAGGGAGUGGCCAGAACACAGGCUUGUAACAGAACUCUAAAACUCUAAAGCUUUCAGUGGGGAGAGGGAGACGGGUCUAAAGCUGUGGAUUAGGAUUAUGCAAUACCUAGACUAGGGGACGGGGUGGGGAAUGUUUACUUAAAGCAUCAAGAUCAAGUCUUGUUCUGCAGCCAGCAUGUCUGCAGCAAGAGGCUUAAUGUGUGUGUGUGUGUUAGAGAGUUUGUGAAAGCAGGAAGCCUGACAUGUUUGGCACUCGGGACACGUGCUCCCUGGAUUACUGCACACAAAGGGGUUUUGGUUAGUUUCCUCUCCUUCACCCUCCCGCUCUCUGUUGGUAGGACGAGGGACAAGUGUAUGGAGUUCAAGAGUGCUGUCUUCUCCCCCAUCUCUCUCUCUCUCCCCCAUCUCUCUCUCGCUCCCCCAUCUCUCGCUCGCUCCCCCAUCUCUCUCUCUCUCACUCCCCCAUCUCUCUCUCUCUCGCUCCCCCAUCUCUCUCUCUCUCGCAUCUCUCUCUCUCUCGCUCCCCCCAUCUCUCUCUCUCGCAUCUCUCUCUCUCGCAUCUCUCUCUCUCGCAUCUCUCUCUCUCUCGCAUCUCUCUCUCUCUCGCAUCUCUCUCUCUCUCGCAUCUCUCUCUCUCUCUCGCAUCUCUCUCUCUCUCGCAUCUCUCUCUCUCGCUCCCCCAUCUCUCUCUCUCGCUCCCCCAUCUCUCUCUCUCGCUCCCCCAUCUCUCUCUCUCUCGCUCCCCCAUUUCUCUCUCUCUCUCGCUCCCCCAUUUCGCGCUCUCUCGCUCUCUCACUCUCUCUCCCAUCUCUCUUUCUCUCGCUCUCUAUCAGUGCUGAGGAUCAGUGCUGGGCAGGCUGCUGCUCACUGUCAUGUCCCCUCAUGUCCGGACCAGCAUACUCUGAGUGUGUGUGUGUGUGUGUGUGUGUGUGUGUGUGUGUGCAGCAGCAAUCCCAGAAGCCAUUAGUAGAGGAACUGUCCAGUUUAAUGGCCAGUAGAUGCAGAGUCUCUCCAGAGUGUGUUUCAGCUGAGUCCUGAAAUGACCCUUUCCCCCUCAUAUCUGAGUUUCCAUUCUUCCAGAUAAUCUAAGUCUAAGAGGGAGGGAAGGAGCUGUAAAAGAAAGAGAACGUGUGAGGGGGAGGGGGGGGGGGGGGGUUAGGGAAAGAGGAAUGGAGAUAUACAAAGGAAGGGAAGGAAAGAAGGGGGGGUGGAGGAAUAGAGAAGGAGAGGGAGGAACGGAGGGAUUGAUCCAUAAAGGAAUGUUGAGCUGUGAUUAGACCUUGGGCUCCGUGCAACACCAGCCCAUCACAAGAGAGCCAGCACACUCCCCAUCUGAUUGGACCACACACACAUACACCUUUUGAUAUGUAUUUGCUGUUAUGAUUCCUGUUGUCAUGUAUUUUUAAAUUGCUGAGACCAAUUUCCCAUUGUGGGACAAUGACGUCAACUAUUACUAUACACCUCCCACAGUCUGUCACCCUAGGCCGGUCAGGUUCCUCUAAAUUCUACAGAUAUAUUAGCCCUGUGGUAGUAGCAGUCAACACUACAGAUAAUAUAUUAGCCCUGUGGUAGUAGCAGUCAACACUACAGAUAAUAUAUUAGCCCUGUGGUAGUAGCAGUCAACACUACAGAUAAUAUAUUAGCCCUGUGGUAGUAGCAGUCAACACUACAGAUAAUAUAUUAGCCCUGUGGUAGUAGCAGUCAACACUACAGAGAAUAUAUUAGCCCUGUGGUAGUAGCAGUCAACACUACAGAUAAUAUAUUAGCCCUGUGGUAGUAGCAGUCAACACUACAGAUAAUAUAUUAGCCCUGUGGUAGUAGCAGUCAACACUACAGAUAAUAUAUUAGCCCUGUGGUAGUAGCAGUCAACACUACAGAUAAUAUAUUAGCCCUGUGGUAGAAGCAGUCAACACUACAGAUAAUAUAUUAGCCCUGUGGUAGUAGCAGUCAACACUACAGAUAAUAUAUUAGCCCUGUGGUAGAAGCAGUCAACACUACAGAUAAUAUAUUAGCCCUGUGGUAGUAGCAGUCAACACUACAGAUAAUAUAUUAGCCCUGUGGUAGUAGCAGUCAACACUACAGAUAAUAUAUUAGCCCUGUGGUAGUAGCAGUCAACACUACAGAUAAUAUAUUAGCCCUGUGGUGACAGCAGUCAACACUACAGAUAAUAUAUUAGCCCUGUGGUAGAAGCAGUCAACACUACAGAUAAUAUAUUAGCCCUGUGGUAGUAGCAGUCAACACUACAGAUAAUAUAUUAGCCCUGUGGUAGUAGCAGUCAACACUACAGAUAAUAUAUUAGCCCUGUGGUAGUAGCAGUCAACACUACAGAUAAUAUAUUAGCCCUGUGGUAGUAGCAGUCAACACUACAGAUAAUAUAUUAGCCCUGUGGUAGUAGCAGUCAACACUACAGAUAAUAUAUUAGCCCUGUGGUAGUAGCAGUCAACACUACAGAUAAUAUAUUAGCCCUGUGGUAGCAGCAGUCAACACUACAGAUCAUAUAUUAGCCCUGUGGUAGCAGCAGUCAACACUACAGAUAAUAUAUUAGCCCUGUGGUAGUAGCAGUCAACACUACAGAUAAUAUAUUAGCCCUGUGGUAGUAGCAGUCAACACUACAGAUAAUAUAUUAGCCCUGUGGUAGUAGCAGUCAACACUACAGAUCAUAUAUUAGCCCUGUGGUAGCAGCAGUCAACACUACAGAUCAUAUAUUAGCCCUGUGGUAGCAGCAGUCAACACUACAGAUAAUAUAUUAGCCCUGUGGUAGUAGCAGUCAACACUACAGAUAAUAUAUUAGCCCUGUGGUAGUAGCAGUCAACACUACAGAUAAUAUAUUAGCCCUGUGGUAGUAGCAGUCAACACUACAGAUAAUAUAUUAGCCCUGUGGUAGUAGCAGUCAACACUACAGAUAAUAUAUUAGCCCUGUGGUAGUAGCAGUCAACACUACAGAUAAUAUAUUAGCCCUGUGGUAGUAGCAGUCAACACUACAGAUAAUAUAUUAGCCCUGUGGUAGCAGCAGUCAACACUACAUAUAAUAUAUUAGCCCUGUGGUAGUAGCAGUCAACACUACAGAUAAUAUAUUAGCCCUGUGGUAGUAGCAGUCAACACUACAGAUAAUAUAUUAGCCCUGUGGUAGUAGCAGUCAACACUACAGAUAAUAUAUUAGCCCUGUGGUAGUAGCAGUCAACACUACAGAUAAUAUAUUAGCCCUGUGGUAGUAGCAGUCAACACUACAGAUAAUAUAUUAGCCCUGUGGUAGUAGCAGUCAACACUACAGAUAAUAUAUUAGCCCUGUGGUAGUAGCAGUCAACACUACAGAUAAUAUAUUAGCCCUGUGGUAGUAGCAGUCAACACUACAGAUAAUAUAUUAGCCCUGUGGUAGUAGCAGUCAACACUACAGAUAAUAUAUUAGCCCUGUGGUAGUAGCAGUCAACACUACAGAUAAUAUAUUAGCCCUGUGGUAGUAGCAGUCAACACUACAGAUAAUAUAUUAGCCCUGUGGUAGUAGCAGUCAACACUACAGAUAAUAUAUUAGCUCUGUGGUAGAAGCAGUCAACACUACAGAUAAUAUAUUAGCCUGUGGUAGAAGCAGUCAACACUACAGAUAAUAUAUUAGCCCUGUGGUAGAAGCAGUCAACACUACAGAUAAUAUAUUAGCUCUGUGGUAGUAGCAGUCAACACUACAGAUAAUAUAUUAGCCCUGUGGUAGUAGCAGUCAACACUACAGAUAAUAUAUUAGCUCUGUGGUAGUAGCAGUCAACACUACAGAUAAUAUAUUAGCCCUGUGGUAGUAGCAGUCAACACUACAGAUAAUAUAUUAGCCCUGUGGUAGUAGCAGUCAACACUACAGAUAAUAUAUUAGCCCUGUGGUAGUAGCAGUCAACACUACAGAUAAUAUAUUAGCCCUGUGGUAGUAGCAGUCAACACUACAGAGAAUAUACACUGCUCAAAAAAAUAAAGGGAACACUUAAACUACACAAUGUAACGCCAAGUCAAUCACACUUCUGUGAAAUCAAACUGUCCACGUAGGAAGCAACACUGAUUGACAAUAAAUUUCACAUGCUGUUGUGCAAAUGGAAUAGACAACAGGUGGAAAUUAUAGGCAAUUAGCAAGACACCCCCAAUAAAGGACUGGUUUUGCAGUUGGUGACCACAGACCACUUCUCAGUUCCUAUGCUUCCUGGCUGAUGUUUAGGUCACUUUUGAAUGCUGGCGGUGCUUUCACUCUAGUGGUAACAUGAGACGGAGUCUACAACCCACACAAGUGGCUCAGGUAGUGCAGCUCAUCCAGGAUGGCACAUCAAUGCGAGCUGUGGCAAGAAGGUUUGCUGUGUCUGUCAGCGUAGUGUCCAGAGCAUGGAGGCGCUACCAGGAGACAGGCCAGUACAUCAGGAGACGUGGAGGAGGCCGUAGGAGGGCAACAACCCAGCAGCAGGACUGCUACCUCCGCCUUUGUGCAAGGAGGAGCAGGAGGAGCACUGCCAGAGCCCUGCAAAAUGACCUCCAGCAGGCCACAAAUGUGCAUGUGUCUGCUCAAACGGUCAGAAACAGACUCCAUGAGGGUGGUAUGAGGGCCCGACGUCCACAGGUGGGGGUUGUGCUUACAGCCCAACACCGUGCAGGAUGUUUGGCAUUUGCCAGAGAACACCAAGAUUGGCAAAUUCGCCACUGGCGCCCUGUGCUCUUCACAGAUGAAAGCAGGUUCACACUGAGCACGUGACAGAGUCUGGAGACGCCGUGGAGAACGUUCUGCUGCCUGCAACAUCCUCCAGCAUGACCGGUUUGGCGGUGAGUCAGUCAUGGUGUGGAGUGGCAUUUCUUUGGGGGGCUGCACAGCCCUCCAUGUGCUCGCCAGAGGUAGCCUGACUGCCAAUAGCUCCCGAGAUGAGAUCCUCAGACCCCUUGUGAGACCAUGUGCUGGUGCGGUUGGCCCUGGGUUCCUCCUAAUGCAAGACAAUGCUAGACCUCAUGUGGCUGGAGUGUGUCAGCAGUUCCUGCAAGAGGAAGGCAUUGAUGCUAUGGACUAGCCCGCCCGUUCCACAGACCUGAAUCCAAUUGAGCACAUCUGGGACAUCAUGUCUCGCUUCAUCCCCCAUGCCACGUUGGACCACAGACUGUCCAGGAGUUGGCGGAUGCUUUAGUCCAGGUCUGGGAGGAGAUCCCUCAGGAGACCAUCCGCCACCUCAUCAGGAGCAUGCCCAGGCGUUGUAGGGAGGUCAUACAGGCACGUGGAGGCGACACACACUACUGAGCCUCAUUUUGAUAUUACAGAUAAUAUAUUAGCCCUGUGGUAGUAGCAGUCAACACUACAUAUAAUAUAUUAGCCCUGUGGUAGUAGCAGUCAACACUACAGAGAAUAUAUUAGCCCUGUGGUAGUAGCAGUCAACACUACAGAUAAUAUAUUAGCCCUGUGGUAGCAGCAGUCAACACUACAGAUAAUAUAUUAGCCCUGUGGUAGUAGCAGUCAACACUACAGAUCAUAUAUUAUCCCUUUGGUAGCAGCAGUCAACACUACAGAUAGGGUAGACCGAUAUAUUGUUUCACCAAUACUAUCGCCUGAUAUCAGCUUUUUACAAUAUAGCCUAUCGAUCUGUUAAUUUCACGAAUACCCGAUAUUGAAUAAAUAGGAUGAAAAAAGGGAAUCUCAAGCUGAUCUGGACACUUGCAGCCAUUCUCAUGACGUCAUUAUUGUCACAAUGUAAGAAAUCAACAUUUGAAGCAUUUCUUGGACAAUUUGCUCUUUUGGAUGGCAAUUUAUGAGAACGCUGUGUGGGGAAAAAAAUAACACUUUUUAAAAUUUCCCCCUGGAAACAGUAUAUCUGCAGAUUAUAUCAUUAUCAGUAAGUUUUGUCACCCCAAAAAUGAGAAUCUGUAUCGGACCCAAAACCCCUAUAUGGAUGGAGCUCUAACUACAGAUACUGUAAUGGUAGCAUUACACGCUGACUACAGGCUUCUCUUCAGGUACCAGUCACCCCAGAGACCGUAACCACAGUAAUCCAUCCUGGUUACCAUAACAUUACACGCUGACUACAGGCUUCUCUUCAGGUUCCAGUCACCCCAGAGACCGUAACCACAGUAAUCCAUCCUGGUUACCAUAACAUUACACGCUGACUACAGGCUUCUCUUCAGGUUCCAGUCACCCCAGAGACCGUAACCACAGUAAUCCAUCCUGGUUACCAUAACAUUACACGCUGACUACAGGCUUCUCUUCAGGUACCAGUCACCCCAGAGACCGUAACCACAGUAAUCCAUCCUGGUUACCAUAACAUUACACGCUGACUACAGGCUUCUCUUCAGGUUCCAGUCACCUCAGAGACCGUAACCACAGUAAUCCAUCCUGGUUACCAUAACAUUACACGCUGACUACAGGCUUCUCUUCAGGUUCCAGUCACCCCAGAGACCGUAACCACAGUAAUCCAUCCUGGUUACCAUAACAUUACACACUGACUACAGGCUUCUCUUCAGGUACCAGUCACCCCAGAGACCGUAACCACAGUAAUCCAUCCUGGUUACCAUAACAUUACACGCUGACUACAGGCUUCUCUUCAGGUACCAGUCACCCCAGAGACCGUAACCACAGUAAUCCAUCCUGGUUACCAUAACAUUACACGCUGACUACAGGCUUCUCUUCAGGUUCCAGUCACCCCAGAGACCGUAACCACAGUAAUCCAUCCUGGUUACCAUAACAUUACACGCUGACUACAGGCUUCUCUUCAGGUUCCAGUCACCCCAGAGACCGUAACCACAGUAAUCCAUCCUGGUUACCAUAACAUUUUGAUCCUCUUCAUUCUAGAGAAAUAUUUUGACAGUUGGUGACAGUUGAUCGUCCACCUGCCUCAGAGUCUAGCAGCAGAUAGCAGGAUGACGUCAAAGUAGAGGCAAGUCUGAGGGGAUGUGGUUUCCUUACGCGUGUCAAACUGUUGCUCAACUGGGUAGGGUUACGCAGGGGAAGUGAAAGCACUGUCAAACUGACGCACUCUCUCUCACACACACACACACACACGCACACACACACACACACACACACUUCUAUUUGGUCAGCAGUAUGCCAGGUCAGAUGGAUUAGGUUAGAUAGACUAGAGAAUGUCAUAUUACUUCAGCUGGUUCAGUUGGGACAGGAGGACAAUAUUCCAUUAAAUUAUUAUGUUCUAUUUCACCCUAGAACAUUCUAUUCUAUCAUUCUGUUCUAUUCCACCCUAGAACAUUCUAUUCUAUCAUUCUGUUCUAUUCCACCCUAGAACAUUAGAUUCUAUCAUUCUGUUCUAUUCCACCCUAGAACAUUAGAUUCUAUCAUUCUGUUCUAUUCCACCCUAGAACAUUAGAUUCUAUCAUUCUGUUCUAUUCCACCCUAGAACAUUAGAUUCUAUCAUUCUGUUCUAUUCCACCCUAGAACAUUAGAUUCUAUCAUUCUGUUCUAUUCCACCCUAGAACAUUAGAUUCUAUCAUUCUGUUCUAUUCCACCCUAGAACAUUAGAUUAUAUCAUUCUGUUCUAUUCCACCCUAGAACAUUCGAUUAUAUCAUUCUACUCUCUUCGAAUCAAUGCCAUUCUAUUCCAUUGAUAUUUGUUUGUUCCAUGAUGUUCUAUCACGCUGUUCUAUUCCAUUCUAAUCCAAAUCACUUCCCAAUGGAUUCUACCUAAUCAGUUUUCUACCCCUUUCUGUAUUGGUUUGGUCCAUGUGAUUUUGGAGCCACUGUCUCGCCACAGUGAUCUGCUCUGCUCGGUGUUGUUGGUCUGACUGGAAGCUUAAAUAGUUUAGUGGAAAUGCUUCUAUUAUGACUGUACACUGGUUUGGCAAAGCUUCAAACACUGUCUAUGGGUUUUCUUACUCUUCCUCUCUCACUCUUACACACGCUCUCCCUCUCUCUGAAGUUCCUACAUAUCUCUCUCGCUCUUUCUGUCUCUCUUUAUUAUUUUAUUGCUGUUAGUAGAACAUCACAAGACAAACGGGCACCGUCUGCGUCUCACAUUAAAAUCCUCAAAGCUUUAUUUGAAUGUCAGGUUCACCUGUGUAACCAGACAGUUGUAUACAAACCUGUGGCGUGAAAGUUGAUGGCAGUUACGUUCAAAUAAGACUAAGUUGUUCUCAGGAAAGGAAAAAGACUGUCAUCUGAUAAUUAGCACAUUAACCAUGUGGGAACCAGAAACAGGCCUGUAAAGACCUACUGUUUUAACUCUUAGUAUCAGUCACUUCUUCUGGAAACUAUUUGUUUGUCAGUGUUCCUUCAUUCUAUUUCUGUUGUCAUACCAUCUCCGUGACUAAUAUCUCGAGGUUUAACCACAACAGCAGUCUUGGGGUCUUUUCCCCAUGUUGUCUAUGUGAGUCACACAAGAGACUUUUUAAAAGUUUCAGGUGACAGAGUGGAACCCUGAGUGGGAUGAUUAACAGCGUGACUGAAUCAUUCAGACUUGUUUAUGUGUUUAACAGUUUCAGGUGACGUGGAUAAGGUUGCCCGCUUGCCCCUGGAUGCUAAUCUAAAGCCAUGGUAAACACUACCUAGUCCUUCUGCUAGUGGCCCCCUUCUGGUUUCACAGCACCUCACAUGCCCCCUAUGUUAGCACCGACUAAGAAAGUCCCACAGAAGUAGUUGUGUUAGGAGGAGGGGGGUUCCCCAUAGAAUAGAGUGUGUUGGGAUCUAUGGCUCUUUAGGGCGUCGCCUGUCUACUCCUCCUCUCACCCUGUAUCCUGCUGGUAGUGCUACCUCUGUGGUUUCAUUACAUUUUACAUUUUAAUCAUUUAGCAGACGCUCUUAUCCAGAGCGACCUACAGUUAGUGAAUAUAUAUUUUUUUUAUACUGGCCCCCCGUGGGAAUCGAACCCACAACCCUGGCGUUGCAAACGCCAUGCUCUAUCAACUGAGCUACAUCCCUGCCGGCCAUUCCCUCCCCUACCCUGGACGACGCUGGGCCAAUUGUGCGCCGCCCAUGAGUCUCCCGGUCGCGGCCGGCUGCGACAGAGCCUGGAUUCGAACCAGGAUCUCUAGUGGCACAGUUAGCACUGCGAUGCAGUGCCUUAGACCACUGCGCCACUCAGGAGUACUUCAUCCUCCUGGGGGUUAAGGCAUCGUGUCUCCACUACCCACGGCUGGUAGUGCUACCUCUGUGGUUUCAUCCUCCUGGGGGUGAAGGCAUCGUGUCUCCACUACCCACGGCUGGUAGUGCUACCUCUGUGGUUUCAUCCUCCUGGGGGUGAAGGCAUCGUGUCUCCACUACCCACGGCUGGUAGUGCUACCUCUGUGGUUUCACAGCUGUACUGUGUGCUUGUGGUGUUUUCCAGGCCACAGCUCGGUUUCUCACUCUCUCCUCUACCACUUUACUCAAUUUAUAACAUUUUUGACAUGCGUUUUUCUGGAUUUUUUUGUUGUUAUUCUGUCUCUCACUGUUCAAAUAAACCUACCAUUAAAAUUAUAGACUGAUCAUGUCUUUGUCAGUGGGCAAACUUACAAAAUCAGCAGGGGAUCAAAUACUUUUUUCCCCUCACUGUAGGUGCUGCUGUAUGCCCUCCUUGGUUGGUGACAGAAGCGCCAGAUCAUCAGCAAACAGUAGACAUUUGACUUCAGAUUCUAGUCUCUCUCUCUCACAUGCCCUGCACAAUGUCUCAUGUCACCGUCAGACCUCGCCCCCUCUAUCUCUCUCGCGCUCUCUCUCGCUCUGUGUCCCAGAACAUUAAGAUGGACUCAAACACACACACACACACACACACUCUCCUUCUUCUUGUUUGUUUGUUUCUACUGCUUCCUGAGCAGCUUGUUCCCAUUACUCAGUGUUUAGUUUAUAGAUGCAGCUUGUUCCCAUUACUGAGGGUUUAGUUUAUAGAUGCAGCUUGUUCCCAUUACUCAGGGUUUAGUUUAUAGAUGCAGUGUGGGUGUUUGUUCUGAGAUCUCUGCAUUUCCUGCUUAGUCAGGCGGUCACAGGAAGUGAGUUUCGCCACAUCGCCUUGAUUUUCACGCAGCGCUGCUGUUUGUGUGUGUGUUUGCGCUCUGUGUGUGUCAGAGGUCAACACACUUUUCUUGUCUUCCUGUUUUAACCGAGUGUUUUAAAGGAGGCCUUGGCGUUUCAUAUCCACCCACACCAGCAGUACUUUUGAAUAACAUUAAUAUGAAUAAUAGGACUUCUGCAGUAAGUGUGCUUGUACUCUGAAUAACUGAACAAAUAUGACAUUAAUGUCCUCUCUUUGUCUCUCUCUCUAUCUCAGGGGGAAUCUGUGAAGUAUUUCCUGGAUAAUUUGGAAAAGCUGGGACAGCCGGUAAGUCCCACCUAUCUCUCUGACACUCGGCCAAUCACUAAUGUACAGAGGAAUAAACACAUGUAUUCACUACAGCAGAUGAAAUAACAGUCAGAAUGAAAAGAGAAGUGAAGCCAUCAGUCUCUCCUUCUGUCCUUCUCCUCCCUCUGUCAUUCUAUCCAUCUCCUCACAUCUCUCCAUCUCUCUCUGAGAUGUCAGGUUGUGUUGCUAGCUAAGGUCUGAUCUCCUGACUAAAGAGGAUGUGGAGCAGAGCUGAGAGGGAGAGGGGGAAACUGACCUCUGUCUCUCUCUCUCUCUCUACCUCUCUCAACUUGUCUCUCUGUUCUUUACUGACAGUGCAGAGGAAUGAGGUGUGUGUGUUUAGUGUGUGGGUAUCUCUGUAUUCCUGGUUGGUAUCCUGGUGAUGGCUUUUCCAGUGCAGCCUGACCUUUGAUGUCACAGCGUCUAGAAUGUCAGGAAUUCUCCUCUGGCGUGGAACACACACACACAGACACACACACACACACAGAGACACAUUCUGCUUUGCACUUCACUUUGGGAAGAUGUUUUUAUAACAGGGGGAUAAUAAAAAGUCAUGAAAGAUUAAACAGGUUCUAUAAAGAUUCCCUGAGAUAGGAGUCAUUCCCUGAGAUAAGAGUCAUUCCCUGAGAUAGGAGUCAUUCCCUGAGAUAGGAGUCAUUCCCUGAGAUAGGAGUCAUUCCCUGAGAUAGGAGUCAUUCCCUGAGAUAGGAGUCAUUCCCUGAGAUAGGAGUCAUUCCCUGAGAUAGGAGUCAUUCCCUGAGAUAGGAGUCAUUCCCUGAGAUAGGAGUCAUUCCCUGAGAUAGGAGUCAUUCCCUGAGAUAGGAGUCAUUCCCUGAGAUAGGAGUCAUUCUGUUUAUGACAGAUCAAAUUUCACUCUGUGGUGACUUGUUUCCUGACACCAGUUUUUGGGAAGAUCUCCCUCCUUCAUUUUGGGAAGAUCUCCCUCCUUCAUUUUGGGAAGAUCUCCCUCCUUCAUUUUGGGAAGAUCUCCCUCCUUCAUUUUGGGAAGAUCUCCCUCCUUCAUUUUGGGAAGAUCUCCCUCCUUCAUUUUGGGAAGAUCUCCCUCCUUCAUUUUGGGAAGAUCUCCCUCCUUCAUUUUGGGAAGAUCUCCCUCCUUCAUUUGGGGAAGACCUCCCUCCUUCAUUUGGGGAAGACCUCCCUCCUUCAGUGUGUGAAGACCUCCCUCCUUCCCUUCCUCCAGUUUGUGAAGACCUCCCUCCUUCCCUUCCUCCAGUGUGUGAAGACCUCCCUCCUUCCCUUCCUCCAGUUUGUGAAGACCUCCCUCCUUCCCUUCCUCCAGUUUGUGAAGUUCUCCCUCCCUCCAAUUUGUGAAGAUCUUGUUUUAUUAUGUCUGCAUGUUCUCAUGUUGUCUUUUUGGUCUCUUCGCUUUCACUCCUUCUGUGCUGUGCACCUUCCCAUUUAGACACACACACCAAGCCCCUCCCCCUGCCACUCACAACAACAAAGAUGAGAGAUCACUUCUUCCUCUCUGACAAGCGGUUUCAACUCGCUAUUUGUAUUUGAGGUUUGGUCCAACAGAAUCGGUCAUAUGGACACUGGAAACACAUUGAGACGUUAUUAUUUUACUGUAAUAGAGGAGAAGUUAACCUUUCCAAUAAUUUUUAUGUCUGAACUCCUAAAAUUGAGUGCAGAGCAGACACUACUAAAAUGGGAGUAUCAAUGAACAUUGAUUCUGGAAAAUUAAUGCUCAGUUUGUCACACGCAGCAUUGCGGUACCACAUACCACUAGCAGCAUUUUAGCCAGGCUGUUAUACUAGCUGUCUAGUCUGUGUUUUAUAAAUGUGCAAUGAGCAUAAAACACAAUUAUAUAAGGAAUUGGCAACUCGUUCUCAUUCUGAGAAAUAAGGUAGGCCACUUGAUUUCACCAUCUGAACAAAGUGAACAGGCUAGCAUGGUGUUCAAACAGUUGGAGAAGGACAGGAGGGUGUGUUCAUAACAAUUCAACUGUUCUACCUUGUUAGCUAGCAAAUCUCUCUCAUUCUCUCUCUCUCUCUCUCUCUCUCUCUCUCUCUCUCUCUCUCUCUCUCUCUCUCUCUCUCUCUCUCUCUCUCUCUCUCUCUCAUAUUGUCUCUCUCUCUCUCAUAUUGUCUCUCUCUCCUCCCCCCCCCCCCCCCCCCCUCCAGGACUACCUGCCGACUCAGCAGGAUAUUCUCCUAGCCCGUAAGCCUACCAAGGGCAUCCAUGAGUACGACUUUGAGAUCAAGAACGUUCCAUUUAAGAUGGUGGACGUGGGGGGUCAAAGGUCGGAAAGAAAGAGAUGGUUUGAGUGUUUUGACUCUGUCACCUCCAUCCUCUUCCUUGUGUCCUCUUCAGAGUAUGACCAGGUGGGUUUACAGACACACACUCUCUAUUUCACACACACACACCCUACUCCCCUAACCUCCUCUCCUCCCCCCCAGGUGUUGAUGGAGGACCGUCAGACCAACCGUCUCAGCGAGUCUCUCAACAUCUUCGAGACGAUCGUCAACAAUCGGGUCUUCUCCAACGUCUCCAUCAUCCUGUUCCUCAACAAGACAGACCUUCUGGAGGACAAGGUGCGCUCCGUCCCCAUCAAGGACUAUUUCCCAGAGUACCCCGGGGAGCCACACAGCCUGGCCGACGUACAGAGGUUCCUAGUGGACUGUUUCCGGGGGAAGAGGAGGGACGUGACACAGAAGCCCCUGUACCACCACUUCACAACAGCCAUCAACACGGAGAACAUUCGCCUGGUAUUCCGAGACGUCAAGGACACCAUCCUCCACGACAACCUAAAGCAGCUCAUGCUGCAGUGAUCGCAGGGGGGUUAUGACCUUUUGAAGUCACCUUUUGGCCUGUGACCCCUCACCGUGACCCCCUGACCUGCAAUGAUUGCAGGGCGAUGAACAGAGAGCAACAGAGUUGUAUUGUGCUACACUGUGACGUGUCGUGACCUUUUAAGUCACCUUAUGACCCUUGACCUUUAACCCCACAUCUGUCUGUGAGCCCUCACCUUGACCCCCUGACCUCCAGUCACCCCUGGUGCAGGCUGUCACCUAUGACCCUUGACCACUGAACCCUGUUACCACUUCUAAUGGCCUUGUACCUGGCUGUUCUAUCCCGAUUUCCCCCCCCCCUCUAAAACCACUGUAAAUGAGCUCUCCCAGUCCCUCCUAUCCUCACACACAAACACACACACCCCUCUCCUCUCUGUAAUGGACUAUUCCAGAGCCGCCUCCUCACACACACCCCUCUCCUCUCUGUAAUGGACUAUUCCAGAGCCGCCUCCUCACACACACCCCUCUCCUCUCUGUAAUGGACUAUUCCAGAGCCGCCUCCUCACACACACCCCUCUCCUCUCUGUAAUGGACUAUUCCAGAGCCGCCUCCUCACACACACCCCUCUCCUCUCUGUAAUGGACUAUUCCAGAGCCGCCUCCUCACACACACCCCUCUCCUCUCUGUAAUGAACUAUUCCAGAGUCUGUACAUAUGUUGAUAUGUUCUGUUCACUCUUAACUCCUGGGUGUAGGAUGAAGUUUCCCUUAGACGCUGAUCUUGGGUCCGUUUUUCAUUUCCCCCACUAAUAGGUAAGGUCAGGAUGGAAGGGGAGGGGAGGGGAAGCUGAUCCUAGAUCUUUUGUGUUCUAUAUUAGUAUAUUCACUCUGUUGGUUCACUCUUAACUGUCACACUGUAACCUGUCUGAGCAGCCCAGACCACUGCUGGAGGUUAGCGGUCAAGGGUGAGGGGUCAACUGGCAUUUCUGUGUUGGGGGGGGUCAAAGGUUGUCUCCCACGGCAACUAGGGAAGAGUGGUGGUAACGCUGUAAAACAAAUUGCAAGAUUGAGGAAGAGUAGGAGGAAGAUGGUGAUGACUCUGUUUUACUGGCGUCAGCCUGUCACUGCACCUCCACUCCCACCACCCACCUGCCUUGAACUGGCUUGAUUCUACGCUUCCUUUUCCCUCAGAGCUUGAUUAUGUCAUCACCGUGGACUCCGACCAUUCUGAGAGCAAAUCAUUCCCCGUGUCACUAUCUGGAUGUGGAACAGAAAAACCAACCGCCAGCGGAGAGCUUGUUUGUUGUUGUUGUUGUUGCAGGGGGGGACGUUAAAGAGUGGGGGACUUUACAGCACUGUACUAAAACUAAUCCUUAAUGAUUCCACAGCCUGGUGAUUACCUACCAAACAGCGCUAUACACACACACACCACCCUUAGAGACUUGUUCUGACCUGAUCCCUGUCUUAGUCCUGGCCUUACUGUUUGGAACUUUAGUUUUUUGAUCAGUUUAAUUUCUUUGGAUUUUCCGCCUAGUUUUUUUUUAACAUAAAUAGAUGUAUUAUGAAUAUAUGUACCUAAACAUUCUCUUAAGUUAUAUUUGAAAGGUUUUACUGCUGAUGGACAGUGUUAAAGGCUAUGGAAGAGGGUCUGAGCACAGACACAGACAUACCACUCAGACCAGUCGAUAAACUACUGAGCUGAUUCUCAGGACACAUUGUGGACCACUUAUUUGUGUAUUUAGAGCAAUGAUAUUCACUUGCCUAAGUCCUGACACACAGGUACAGGCAGCUGUCCAUCAGAGGCUGGUAGUCUAAACAACUUGCCGGCCGGUGAUAUCCCCUCUUCCAGUCCUCCUUUUUUCUCUGUCUGUCUGGCUCUCUGUCUGUCUGGCUGUCUGUGUGUGUGUGUGUGUGUGUGUAAGCAAGUGAUCAGCCUUGUAAACCCUGUGGAGUCUCAUCCUAGAGGGAAGAGAACGUGAUCAGCCUUGUAAACCCUGUGGAGUCUCAUCCUAGAGGGAAGAGACUGUGAUCAGCCUUGUAAACCCUGUGGAGUCUCAUCCUAGAGGGAAGAGACAGUGAUCAGCCUUGUAAACCCUGUGGAGUCUCAUCCUAGAGGGAAGAGAACGUGAUCAGCCUUGUAAACCCUGUGGAGUCUCAUCCUAGAGGGAAGAGACUGUGAUCAGCCUUGUAAACCCUGUGGAGUCUCAUCCUAGAGGGAAGAGACAGUGAUCAGCCUUGUAAACCCUGUGGAGUCUCAUCCUAGAGGGAAGAGAACAUGAUCAGCCUUGUAAACCCUGUGGAGUCUCAUCCUAGAGGGAAGAGACUAUGAUCAGCCUUGUAAACCCUGUGGAGUCUCAUCCUAGAGGGAAGAGAACGUGAUCAGCCUUGUAAACCCUGUGGAGUCUCAUCCUAGAGGGAAGAGACAGUGAUCAGCCUUGUAAACCCUGUGGAGUCUCAUCCUAGAGGGAAGAGACAGUGAUCAGCCUUGUAAACCCUGUGGAGUCUCAUCCUAGAUGGAAGAGACAGUGAUCAGCCUUGUAAACCCUGUGGAGUCUCAUCCUAGAGGGAAGAGACUGUGAUCAGCCUUGUAAACCCUGUGGAGUCUCAUCCUAGAGGGAAGAGACUGUGAUCAGCCUUGUAAACCCUGUGGAGUCUCGUCCUAGAGGGAAGAGACUGUGAUCAGCCUUGUAAACCCUGUGGAGUCUCAUCCUAGAGGGAAGAGACUGUGAUCAGCCUUGUAAACCCUGUGGAGUCUCAUCCUAGAGGGAAGAGACUGUGAUCAGCCUUGUAAACCCUGUGGAGUCUCAUCCUAGAGGGAAGAGACAGUGAUCAGCCUUGUAAACCCUGUGGAGUCUCAUCCUAGAGGGAAGAGAACGUGAUCAGCCUUGUAAACCCUGUGGAGUCUCAUCCUAGAGGGAAGAGACUGUGAUCAGCCUUGUAAACCCUGUGGAGUCUCAUCCUAGAGGGAAGAGACAGUGAUCAGCCUUGUAAACCCUGUGGAGUCUCAUCCUAGAGGGAAGAGAACGUGAUCAGCCUUGUAAACCCUGUGGAGUCUCAUCCUAGAGGGAAGAGACAGUGAUCAGCCUUGUAAACCCUGUGGAGUCUCAUCCUAGAGGGAAGAGACAGUGAUCAGCCUUGUAAACCUUGUGGAGUCUCAUCCUAGACAUACUUUUUCCUGACAGAGAUGAGAGUAAGGGGGAAACUGUGUCAUUUACAUUUACGUCAUUUAGCAGACGCUCUUAUCCAGAGCGACUUACAAAUUGGUGCAUUCACCUUAUAGCCAGUGGGAUAACCACUUUACAAUGUGUUUUUUAUUUUUAUUUUUUGGGGGUGGGGUAAAAGGAUUACUUUAUCCAAUCCCAGGUAUUCCUUAAAGAGGUGGGGUUUCAAAUGUCUCCGGAAGGUGGUGAGUGACUCCGCUGUCCUAGCGUCGUGAGGGAGCUUGUUCCACCAUUGGGGUGCCAGAGCAGCGAACAGUUUUGACUGGGCUGAGUGGGAACUAUGCUUCCGCAGAGGAAGGGGAGCCAGCAGGCCAGAGGUGGAUGAACGCAAUGCCCUCGUUUGGGUGUAGGGACUGAUCAGAGCCUGAAGGUACGGAGGUGCCGUUCCCCUCACAGCUCCGUAGGCAAGCACCAUGGUCUUGUAGCAGAUGCGAGCUUCAACUGGAAGCCAGUGGAGUGUGCGGAGGAGCGAGGGUGACGUGAGAGAACUUGGGAAGGUUGAACACCAGACAGGCUGCGGCAUUCUGGAUGAGUUGUAGGGGUUUAAUGGCACAGGCAGGGAGCCCAGCCAACAACGAGUUGCAGUAAUCCAGACGGGAGAUGACAAGUGCCUGGAUUAGGACCGGUGCCGCUUCCUGUGUAAGGCAGGGUCGUACUCUCCGAAUGUUGUAGAGCAUGAACCUACAGGAUCGGGUCACCGCCUUGAUGUUAGCGGAGAACGACAGGGUGUUGUCCAGGGUCACGCCAAAGGCUCUUCGCACUCUGGGAGGAGGACACAACAGAGUUGUCAACCGUGAUGGCGAGAUCAUGGAACGGGCAGUCCUUCCCCGGGAGGAAGAGCAGCUCCGUCUUGCCGAGGUUCAGCUUGAGGUGGUGAUCCGUCAUCCACACUGAUAUGUCUGCCAGACAUGCAGAGAUGCGAUUCGCCACCUGGUUAUCAGAAGGGGGAAAGGAGAAGAUUAGUUGUGUGUCGUCUGCAUAGCAAUGAUAGGAGAGGCCAUGUGAGGAUAUGACAGAGCCAAGUGACUUGGUCAAAUUGUUUUAUUAAUUAUUAGUCUUUCUCUUUCACUCCUCACUGACAAUGUGGCUUUAUUCCUACCAAACCCCAUAAGAGGCCUUUAAACGAGUUAGACGUUGGGUUUAUAAGAACUGAAGGGAGGCCAGGGGGCAUCUGAAAUCACACCCUAAUACUUCCAAUCUAGUGCACUACUUUUGUCCCUAUGUGGCUUUGGUAGGGCACUACUAAGUGCACUAUGUUAGGGUAAUAGGGUGCUGUUUUGCACGUAGACCCCUAAAAUCUCUGUCCUCUCUCUCUAUCUUCUGUAUCCGUGGUAACCAAAAGGGAUAGAACCAGCUUGCGUAGUGGAACCUUUGGAGAGACGACUGGGUGGUUGUUGUUUGUAGGUAUUUGUACAGGCCAGCGUGUGGCUCCUCUCACAGAAGCCUGUUUCUAAUGUGUGUGUGUGUGUGUGUGUGUGUAUGUAUAUAUAUAUAUGUAUGUGUAUGUGUGUGUAUAUGUGUAGUUGUGUAUCUCACUCACUCCACCUCACUGGCUGUGUCUGAAAUAGCACCCUAUUCCCUCUAUAGUACACUACUUUUCACCAGAACCCUAUUGACACCCUAUUCGCUGUUGGCCUUGGUCAAAAGUAGUGCACUAUAUAGUGAAUAGGGAGCAGAGGAGGCUGGUGGGAGGAGCUAUAGGAGGACUGGCUCAUUGUAACGAUAUGGAAACCAUGUUUGACUCCGUUCCGAUAUUCCAUUCCAGCUAUUACAAGGAGCCCGUCCUCCUAUAGCUCCUCCCACCAGCCUCCGCUGAUAGGGAGCCAUUUGAGACGCAGACAAACUGUCUUUGUUUCUAACAGCUAAUGGAACCCAACACGUAUUGUAAUGAUCUAGACUGGCUGUUAUUUUGGUUUGAUUUGAUCGAUCAUGAUGAUUGAUUGAUCCAUGGUGUACAUUUUACGGUGAAAACCAACCAGGCUCCGUCGUGCUGUCUCUCCACUUCAGCCUCAAUCUCUCUCUGCGGGUGUGUCCCAAAGUGACACCCUUUUCCCUAUAUAGUGCACUAUUUGGGAUGCAGCCUGAGUCUCGUUGACCAAACAUGCUGCAUGCGUAGCUCAAGUCUCUCACACACAAACACAUACACUGUCAGCCCUGUUAGGGCUUCUGGCUGGUAGCUCCAGCCCACCCCUUCUAUGGCUCCCAGUCGUCCCCAGCACAGAGCUCUUUGUCUGGGCUGAGACUGUAUGUCAUGCCCCCUUGGCUGAAGGCCCAAGGCUCUGGGAAGAAGCCACCAUUCCAUCCUCUAUACCAGCCGGAUGGACCGGUGUGACUGGGACCAGUGUCUCCUCCCCCGCACCACACACACACACCAGUAAGUCAGACCAGACUAGGAGCGCUGUGAGGGCCUUUGUCGAUGCUGAACAAACGCACUCCAACAGAGGCAAACUACUUUCUCCCAGUGGAUGUAGAUCUCCACACGGAUCGCUACGGAGUCCCAACUAAAAUGGGCCGCCAUAGUUAAAGCAUUUAGCCUUAUGGGUGACCUCUGACCUGGGUUAAACAGAUGGAACCAUCAUCACUGUGCUUGCCCACCUCAGGAGCCCUGCUGUUUAGAGUAGCUAGGUCCUUUUGAGUGUUUUCUUCCCUGGUCUGUUCUGGCCCGAUCUUCCAACAGUAUUCCACUGGACCCAACAUGUCCCAAAGUGACCAUUCUAGAAUCGUGAACUAUGUGGCCAUUCUAGCCAUUCUAUUUCUAUGGGUGUAGUCAGUCGGUGCUUUUUGCCAAAUGGCCUCCAGAGUGACUCAGUCCCCAGUAAACUGACCGAUAGGCAGACAGACAGACCGAACUUUGACCCUUACUGGUCUGGUCUGGUGAGGGGGAGGAGAGAGAAUAUGUGUCCCAAAUGGUACCCUAUUCCCUAUAUAGUGCACUACUUUUGACCAGGUCCCAUAGGGCUCUGUAGGGAAUAAGGUACCAUUUGGGGCAAAGCCACAGACAGGCACAGGCCUUUGUCUGAUCUGGUCAGAGAAAAGGGUAGACUGUCUGACAGUAGUAACACAGUCGUCAGUAUUCAGUCAGUGUGUAUAUAUCCGCACCCUCAGGCCAUCUCUCUCUCUCUCUGCUGCUGUGGUUUUAAAUGUGUGCCAAUGGCUCUGUUCCAAUAUCAACACUAGCACACCACUUACAAUGAAGCAGUGCAUUCUAGAAUGGGGCAUGCAUUCUAAGUGUCAUGCUAGUGUGGAUGUUGGAAUGCAGCCCAAGAGUCAGUCAGUCAGCUCAGAACCCCACACAGUGUCAAUUCAAACGCCCAGGCCAACUUUGAUGAUGUCACAAAGCCAAAGCCUGUUUCAUUAGGUUUCUGCUACAGACAAACACCUGCCUUCAGUGUCCUGGUAGGCCUACACACCUGGUUUUAACCCACUUUGAUCAGUGUCCUGGUAGGCCUACACACCUGGUUUUAACCCACUUUGAUCAGUGUCCUGGUAGGCCUACACACCUGGUUUUAACCCACUUUGAUCAGUGUCCUGGUAGGCAUACACACCUGGUUUUAACCCACUUUGAUCAGUGUCCUGGUAGGCCUACACACCUGGUUCUAACCCACUUUGAUCAGUGUCCUGGUAGGCCUACACACCUGGUUUUAACCCACUUUGAUCAGUGUCCUGGUAGGCAUACACACCUGGUUCUAACCCACUUUGAUCAGUGUCCUGGUAGGCAUACACACCUGGUUCUAACCCACUUUGAUCAGUGUCCUAGUAGGCCUACACACCUGGUUCUAACCCACUUUGAUCAGUGUCCUGGUAGGCCUACACACCUGGUUUUAACCCACUUUGAUCAGUGUCCUGGUAGGCAUACACACCUGGUUCUAACCCACUUUGAUCAGUGUCCUGGUCGGCCUACACACCUGGUUCUAACCCACUCUGAGUCUGAGUUUUAAUUCAUUAAUGUGUCAAAAAGAGUUGUAGCGGUUUCGUUGUGUGAAGACUCUGCUGCCUUAAAGGUUUUUAUUUUAGUUUUAAGCUGUUAACUGUGAUGUCAGACCCCCGCCCUUCCCUGAGAACUGUUCCCUCUACUACAACUCCUUCCUUCCUUCUCUCUCUCUCUCUCUCUCUGUCAUCAUGACAUCACUGAGGAUUCCCACACACAACUAGAAUGAAACAACGUCAUUCUAGUUCUAUUGAUUCUAUGGAAUGUGGAGGAAGGUUUGGGGCCAGGUCCAGUAUAUAAAUGUGGAGUUGUGAAUGUGCAAUCUGGUGUAUUGGACCUGGGGUAGGGGUGUACUGCCUGUACAGUACUGCCUGUUUAAAGCUAUGCAACAGCACUGUGGUCCAGUCCACACAGCAAAAAUAAAAUACCCACUUCUGUAUAUUAUGAGAAUGAUCCCGACGAUGUCACGUUUCUGCUGCCCCAUGUAAUCAAGUCAGUUCUUUAUUAGUAAAGAUAAAAUAUGCAAAUGAUCUGCCAAAAUAUGAGUGAUUAAUCUAGUGCCUCCUGUUUUCUGACUCAGCCUUUUUUCCAAUCAAGUUUUACACUUAAGGUUUUUCCAGUGUUUGCCUUAGCGGUGUUUUUAUGUCCUCAUAUCAUGAUGGCUUCGUUCCAAAUGGCACCCUAUUCCCUAUACAGUGACAUAUGGGCCCUGGUCAAAAGUAGUGCACUAAAUGGGGAAUGGGGUGCCAUUUGGGACGCAAGCCCAAGAAGAUAAUUCACAUAUGAGUACAACAACAAUUACAGACAAACUGUUUUUGUCUUGCUUAUACCGUUCAAACGUUUUUUUUGUGAAAGAUGAGAAAAUGCUUUCGUUGUUUCAGUCUCUAACUUAUACUGUCUUAUCCUUUACUCUCCUCCCAAUAAAACAACAAACCAUUUUUCAAACUGGGACGUGUGUUUUGAAGUUGUUUCCUUAGUUGUAGCCAAUGUCAUGUCAAUUUUAGACAGUCAUGACAACUGACUGACUACGUUUGACUGUCAGUUCUUUCCAUCUCACUUGUUUCAGUUUAGUUGUAGUUCAAAUGUCAGUUUAAAUGUAAUGUCAAUGUUUUUCAGUCACUUGACACCACUUAGGAUCUACAAAAGAUAUUCCGCUUAUCUUUGCAAAAAGUUAUAUUUAUUAUUUUACAUCUAUAAGAGACAGUUAGGGUCAUUUUGAAUUGAAGUCAUUCAAUUGUUUAAAAAAAUGUCAUCUAUUUUCAAUGACUUCUCAAUAAGCUGAAAUGGAGAAGUUAUUCAAAUGUUUUUCCAUUUCUGACAUUUUAAUUCAAAUCAGUUCCUGAAAUGAAUGACGUUAAAGGGCCAGAUUUUCUUGUGUUUUAUACAGUGAGGGAAAAAAGUAUUUGAUCCCCUGCUGAUUUUGUACGUUUUCCCACUGACAAAGAAAUGAUCAGUCUAUAAUUUGAAUGGUAGGUUUAUUUGAACAGUGAGAGACAGAAUAACAACAAAAAAUAUCCAGAAAAACGCAUGUCAAAAAUGUUAUAAAUUGAUUUGCAUUUUAAUGAGGGAAAUAAGUAUUUGACCCCUUCUCAAUCAGAAAGUUUUCUGGCUCCCAGGUGUCUUUUGUACAGGUAACGAGCUGAGAUUAGGAGCACACUCUUAAAGGGAGUGCUGCUAAUCUCAGCUUGUUACCUGUAUAAAAAACACCUGUCCACAGAAGCAAUAUAUCAAUCAGAUUCCAAACUCUCCACCAUGGCAAAGUCCAAAGAGCUCCCCAAGGAUGUCAGGGACAAGAUUGUAGACCUACACAAGGCUGGAAUGGGCUACAAGACCAUCGCCAAGCAGCUAGGUGAGAAGGUGACAACAGUUGGUGCGAUUAUUCGCAAAUGGAAGAAACACAAAAGCACUGUCAAUCUCCCUCGGCCUGGGGCUCCAUGCAAGAUCUCACCUCGUGGAGUUGCAAUGAUCAUGAGAACGGUGAGGUAUCAGCCCAGAACUACACGGGAGGAUCUUGUCAAUGAUCUCAAGGCAGAUGGGACCAUAGUCACCAAGAAAACAAUUGAUAACAGACUACGCCGUGAAGGACUGAAAUCCUGCAGCGCCCGCAAGGUCCCCCUGCUCAAGAAAGCACAUAUACAGGCCCGUCUGAAGUUUGCCAAUGAACAUCUGAAUGAUUCAGAGGAGAACUGGGUGAAAGUGUUGUGGUCAGAUGAGACCAAAAUCGAGCUCUUUGGCAUCAACUCAACUCGCCGUGUUUGGAGGAGGAGGAAUGCUGCCUAUGACCCCAAGAACACCAUCCCCACCGUCAAACAUGGAGGUGGAAACAUUAUGCUUUGGGGGUGUUUUUCUGCUAAGGGGACAGGACAACUUCACCGCAUCAAAGGGAUGAUGGACGGAGCCAUGUACCGUCAAAUCUUGGGUGAGAACCUCCUUGCCUCAGCCAGGGCAUUGAAAAUGGGUCGUGGAUGGGUAUUCCAGCAUGACAAUGACCCAAAACACACGGCCAAGGCAACAAAGGAGUGGCUCAAGAAGAAGCACAUUAAGGUCCUGGAGUGGCCUAGCCAGUCUCCAGACCUUAAUCCCAUAGAAAAUCUGUGGAGGGAGCUGAAGGUUCGAGUUGCCAAACGUCAGCCUCAACCUUAAUGACUUGGAGAAGAUCUGCAAAGAGUGGGACAAAAUCCCUCCUGAGAUGUAUGCAAACCUGGUGGCCAACUACAAGAAACGUCUGACCUCUGUGAUUGCCAACAAGGGUUUUGCCACCAAGUACUAAGUCAUGUUUUGCAGACGGGUCAAAUACUUAUUUCCCUCAUUAAAAUGCAAAUCAAUUUAUAACAUUUUUGACAUGCGUUUAUCUGGAUUUUGUUGUUGUUAUUCUGUCUCUCACUGUUCAAAUAAACCUACCAUUCAAAUUAUAGACUGAUAAUUUCUUUGUCAGUGGGCAAAUGUACAAAAUCAGCAGGGGAUCAAAUACUUUUUUCCCUCACUGUAUAUAUUUCCAUACUGAGGUUGGAAUAAAUCUUUUAGUGUAAGAGCUGUUUGAAAAGACCACCUGACAUUUCUGCCUGUUUUGGUGGGAUGGAGUUUUGGCCUGCCUUGUGACCUCACCAGUUAUUUAAUAGACCAAGAAGAGCUCCAAACCGCUCCCAAUAACAGCUAGUUUUCAGUUUUCCCCUCCCACUCUCAGACAGUCCUAGGAAAAUGAUUGUUUGAGAAAUGGCACUUUUUACCAUUUUAAUUGAAAACAAUCACAGUAAGGUACUUAAUCCUUAUCCAGAAAUAAUUUGAUAUUGAGAUUUUUUUUAUUUAUUUUUUACCGCUGCAUUUGACCUUUAAGUCGAAUUGACCCCAACUCUUUAGUGAUCUGAAGGAAAUGUCAACAGUUCAGACUCUUAUCCGAAGGAAUACAGUGCAUUCGGAAAGUAUUCAGACCCCUUGACUUUUUCCACAUUUUGCUACGUUACAGCCUUAUUCUAAAAUGGAUUAAAUAGUUUUUUUCUCUCAUCAAUAUACACACAAGAGACCCCAUAACGACAAAGCAAAAACAGGUUUUUAUAAAUUUUUGCAAAUGUAUUAAAAAUAAAAAACGAUCACAUUCACGUAAGUAUUCAGACCCUUUACUCAGUACUUUGUUGAAGCACCGUUGGCAGCAAUUACAGCCUCAAGUCUUCUUUGGUAUGACGCUACAAGCUUGGCACACCUGUAUUUGAGGAGUUUCUCCCAUUCUUCUCGGGAGAUCCUCUCAAGCUCUGUCAGGUUGGAUGGGGAGCAUUGCUGCAUAGCUAUUUUCAGGUCUUUCCAGAGAUGUUUGAUCGGGUUCAAGUCCGGGCUCUGGCUGGGCCACUCAAGGACAUUCAGAGACUUGUCCCGAAGCCACUCCUGCGUUGUCUUGGCUGUGUGCUUAGGGUCGUUGUCCUGUUGGAAGGUGAACCUUCGCCCCAGUCUGAGGUCCUGAGCACUCUGGAGCAGCUUUUCAUCAAGGAUCUCUCUGUACUUUGCUCGGUUCAGCUUUCCCUCGAUCCUGACUAGUCUCCCCGUCCCUGCCGUUGAAGAACAUCCCCACAGCAUGAUGCUGCCACCACCAUGCUUCACCGUAGGGAUGGUGCCAGGUUUCCUCCAGACGUGGCGCUUGGCAUUCAGGCCAAAGUUUCAUCUUGGUUUCAUCAGACCAGAGAAUUUUGUUUCUCGUGGUCUGAGUCCUUUAGGUGCCUUUUGGCAAACUCCAAGCGGGCUGUCGUGCUUUUUGCUGAGGAGUGGCUUCCUUCUGGCCACUCUACCAUAAAGGCCUGAUUAGUGGAGUGCUGCAGAGAUGGUUGUCCUUCUGGAAGGUUCUCCCAUCUCCACAGAGGAACUCUGGAGCUCUGUCAGAGUGACCAUCGGGUUCUUGGUCACCUCCCUGACCAAGGCCCUUCUCCCCGGAUUUCUCAGUUUGGCCGGGCGGCCAGCUCAAGGAAGGGUCUUGGUGGUUCCAAACAUUUAAGAAUGAUGGAGGCCACUGUGUUCUUGGGGACCUUAAAUGCUGCAGAAAUUUUUUGGUACCCUUCCCCAGAUCUGUGCCUCGACACAAUCCUGUCUCAGAGCUCUACGGACAAUUCCUUCGACCUCAUGGCUUGGUUUUUGCUCUGACAUGCACUGUCAACUGUGGGACCUUAUUUGGCAUGGUUGUGCCUUUCCAAAUCAUGUCCAAUCAAUAGAAUUUACCACAGUUGGACUCCAAUCAAGUUGUAGAAACAUCUCAAGGAUGAUCAACAGGAUGCACCUGAGCUCAAUUUCCAGUCUCAUAGCAAAGGGUCUGAAUACUUAUGUAAAUAAGGUAUUUCCGUUUUUUUAUUUUAAUACAUUUGCAAAAAUGUCUAAACCUAUUUCGCUUUGUCAUUUAGGGUAUUUGUGUAGAUUGAUGAGGGAAAAAAUGUAUUUAAUCAAUUUCAGAACAAGGCUGUAACGUAACAAAAUAUGGAAAAAGUGAAGGGGUCUGAAUACUUUCUGAAUCCACUGUGUGGGACAGUUCUGUAUACAUCACUGUACUGUUAAAGCUAAAUGGCCAAUGUGGAGGAGGGUCUAUCUUUUAUGACUUAUGACCAUGCAACUUACUGCCUGCUUCCUCUACUUUUCUAAACUACAGUACUGCCUGCUUCCUCUACUUCAACUACAGUACUGCCUGCUUCCUCUACUUCUAACUACAGUACUGCCUGCUUCCUCUACUAAACUACAAGUAUGCCUGCUUCCUCUACUUCUAAACUACAGAUCCCUGCUUCCUCUACUUCUAAACUACAGUACGGCCUGCUUCCUCUACUAAACUACAGUAUCUGCCUGCUUUCCUCUACUUCUAAACUACAGUCUGCCUGCUUCCCUACUAAACUACAUCUGCCUGCUUCCUCUACUUCUAAACUACAGUACUGCCUGCUUCCUCUACUAACUACAGUACUGGUGCUUCCUCUCUACUAAACUACAGUAACUGCCUGCUUCCUCUACUUCUAAACUACAGUACUGCCUGCUUCCUCUACUAAACUACAGUACUGCCUGCUUCCUCUACUUCUAAACUACAGUACUGCCUGCUUCCUCUACUAACUACAGUACUGCAUGCUUCCUCUACUAACUACAGUACUGCCUGCUUCCUCUACUAAACUACAGUACUGCCUGCUUCCUCUACUUUAAACUACAGUACUGCCUGCUUCCUCUACUAAACUACAGUACUGCCUGCUUCCUCUACUAAACUACAGUACUGCCUGCUUCCUCUACUAAACUACAGUACUGCCUGCUUCCUCUACUUCUAAACUACAGUACUGCCUGCAUCCUCUACUAAACUACAGUACUGCCUGCUUCCUAUACUUCUAAACUACAGUACUGCAUGCUUCCUCUACUAAACUACAGUACUGCCUGCUUCCUCUACAUCUAAACUACAGUACUGCCUGCUUCCUCUACUUAUAAACGACAGUACUGCCUGCUUCCUCUACUUCUAAACUACAGUACUGCCUGCUUCCUCUACGUCUAAACUACAGUACUGCCUGCUUCUUCUACUUCUAAACUACAGUACUGCAUGCUUCCUCUACUAAACUACAGUACUGCCUGCUUCCUCUACUUCUAAACUACAGUACUGCCUGCUUCCUCUAUGUCUAAACUACAGUUCUGCCUGCUUCCUCUACUUCUAAACUACCAGUGGUGUAAAGUACUUAAGUAAAAAAUACUUUAAAGUAGUACUUAAGUAUUUUUUAUGGGUAUCUGUACUUUACUAUUUAUAUUUUUGACAACUUUUACUUUUACUCCACUACAUUUUCCCUGACACCCAAAAGUACUGGUUACAUUUCGAGUGCUUAGCAGGACAGGAAAAUGGUCCAAUUCACACACAUCAAGAGAACAUCCCUACUGCCUUUAUUUGGCAGACUCACUAAACACAAAUGCUUUGUAUGUAAAUUAUGUCUGAGUGUUGUAGUGUGCCCCUGGCUAUCCGUACAUUUUUUUUAAACAAGAAGAUCGUGCCGUCUGGUUUGCUUAAUAUAAGAAAUGUGAAAUGAUUUAAACUUUCACUUUUGAUAACUAAGUAUAUUUUAGCAAUUAGUUACUUUUGAUACUUAAGUAUAUUUAAAACCAAACCAAACACUUUUACUCAAGUAGUAUUUACUGGCUGACUCACUUUUACUUGAGUAAUUUUCUAUUAAGGUAUCUUUACUUUUACUCAAGUAUGACAAUGGGUACUUUUUCCACCACUGUAAAUUAUCAGUACUGCCUGCUUCCUCUACUAAACUACAGUACUGCCUGCUUCCUCUACGUCUAAACGACAGUUCUGCCUGCUUCCUCUACGUCUAAACUACAGUACUGCCUGCUUCCUCUAUUUCUAAACUACAGUACUGCCUGCUUCCUCUACUUCUAAACUACAGUACUGCCUGCUUCCUCUAUUUCUAAACUACAGUACUGCCUGCUUCCUCUACUUCUAAACUACAGUACUGCCUGCUUCCUCUAUUUCUAAACUACAGUACUGCCUGCUUCCUCUACUUCUAAACUACAGUACUGCCUGCUUCCUCUACUUCUAAACUACAGUUCUGCCUGCUUCCUCUACUAAACUACAGUACUGCCUGCUUCCUCUACUAAACUACAGUACUGCCUGCUUCCUCUACUAAACUACAGUACUGCCUGCUUCUUCUACUUCUAAACUACAGUACUGCCUGUUUCCUCUACUUCUAAACUACAGUACUGCCUGCUUCCUCUACUUCUAAACUACAGUACUGCCUGCUUCCUCUACUAAACUACAGUACUGCCUGCUUCCUCUACUUCUAAACUACAGUACUGAGUGCUUCCUCUACUAAACUACAGUACUGCCUGCUUCCUCUAUUUCUAAACUACAGUACUGCCUGCUUCCUCUACGUCUAAACUACAGUACUGCCUGCUUCCUCUAUUUCUAAACUACAGUACUGCCUGCUUCCUCUACUUCUAAACUACAGUACUGCCUGCUUCCUCUACUUCUAAACUACAGUACUGCCUGCUUCCUCUACUAAACUACAGUACUGUCUGCUUCCUCUACUUCUAAACUACAGUACUGCCUGCUUCCUCUACUAAACUACAGUACUGCCUGCUUCCUCUACUUCUAAACUACAGUACUGCCUGCUUCCUCUACUAAACUACCGUACUGCCUGCUUCCUCUACUUCUAAACUACAGUACUGCCUGCUUCCUCUACUAAACUACAGUACUGCCUGCUUCUUCUACUUCUAAACUACAGUACUGCCUGUUUCCUCUACUUCUAAACUACAGUACUGCCUGCUUCCUCUACUUCUAAACUACAGUACUGCCUGCUUCCUCUACUAAACUACAGUACUGCCUGCUUCCUCUACUUCUAAACUACAGUACUGAGUGCUUCCUCUACUAAACUACAGUACUGCCUGCUUCCUCUAUUUCUAAACUACAGUACUGCCUGCUUCCUCUACGUCUAAACUACAGUACUGCCUGCUUCCUCUAUUUCUAAACUACAGUACUGCCUGCUUCCUCUACUUCUAAACUACAGUACUGCCUGCUUCCUCUACUUCUAAACUACAGUACUGUCUGCUUCCUCUACUUCUAAACUACAGUACUGUCUGCUUCUUCUACUUCUAAACUACAGUACUGCCUGCUUCCUCUACUAAACUACAGUACUGUCUGCUUCCUCUACUUCUAAACUACAGUACUGCCUGCUUCCUCUACUAAACUACAGUACUGCCUGCUUCCUCUACUUCUAAACUACAGUACUGCCUGCUUCCUCUACUAAACUACAGUACUGCCUGCUUCCUCUACUUCUAAACUACAGUACUCCCUGCUUCCUCUACUUAUAAACUACAGUACUGCCUGCUUCCUCUACUUAUAAACUACAGUACUGCCUGCUUCCUCUACUUAUAAACUAUAGUACUGCCUACUUUGCUUGCCAUCUGAAGGAUUAUAGUAUUGAAUGAUGCAGUACUGAACUUUAUGCCCACUACUUUCCAUCCAAACACAUGCCCUACAGUAUUUAACACUCCAUAGUCCAGUUAUUCCUUCAGUACUUUGCUAAUCAGGGAUUUGUAUAAUUUCUACCUCACUGCUGUGGAUUGUUUGGUCCAAGUAUUUAAAUAGGAUAAAGCCAGAUCAGCAUCGGCAGGGUCGUGUUCAUUAGUGCACACCGUGGCAAAACGCUUUGCAGCCGAACAAGAACACAGGCAUUUCUUAUUGGACAAGUUCAGGUCCCUGUUUCAGUGUUUUUUCUUCAGUUUGUUGUCUACUGAACAGGAGCGGGUACAGUGGAAGGGAGAUUGGAGAGGGGAGUUCUAGUCAACUGAGGGGUGUUUUGUUGUUGGUGGAUUAUUUCCCCAUUCUUUAAAUAAUCUAAAUCCCAAAUGGCACCCUAAUCCCUAUAUGGUGCACUACUUUUGAUCAGGGCCCAUAGGACUCUGGUCAAAAGUAGUGCACUAUAUAGGGAUUAGGGUGCCAUUUUGGACGCACACUAGUCAACCAGAGAUGGGAUUUUUCCUGACUAAUCAGGAAUUCUUGGCUUUCAGACCUAAUGAUCAGGAAUGUAAUUUAACACUGUCUGUGUCUUGGCAUUUAGCCUCUGGACUGUUGUACCUGAUUGUCUAUGUGGCCAAUCACAUCCCUGCAUUUUGCAGCGUUUGUAGAAAGCUCAUACAAAUACAAUAUGAUGGUUGUGGGUUUUGUAGUUCUUCUACUUGUGGGUUUUGCACUUCUUGUACAUCUUACACACAAAGCUAUGUACUGUAUUUGUACUGCUAGGAGACUGACACCGAUAUGGGUUUAUCACACUUAUGGUGGCCAUAUGUAUCAAGUGUCUUAUCCUGGAGUGCCGAUCUAUGAUCAGUUUAGCCUUUUAACGAAUACAAGUAUUAUGGACAGGGAGGACCUGAUCCUUAGAUCGGCACUCCUACCGUAAUAAUAAUAUGCCAUUUAGCAGACGCUUUUAUCCAAAGCGACUUACAGUCAUGCGUGCAUACAUUUUUUGUGUAUAGGUGGUCCCGGGGAUCGAACCCACUACCUUGGCGUUACAAGCGCCGUGCUCUACCAGCUGAGCUACAGUACUCACCUACAUCUCAUCAAUGUGGGACAGGAAGAGCUGCUUUGCUUAGCACUGUGAUGGGAACUAAUGUUACCAAGGCAACAAAGCCUCAUAUAGGUCAACAUCAGGAUGUAAUGUUACUGAGGAGACGCUAGGGAGCAGUGUAACACAGGAGUUAUCGCAGUACAGUAGACAACUGUAGGAGAGAGAGGGUCAGAGGGUGAUCGGGAGAGAACGCCAUCACAGCAGCAAGAUGUGUGACCUGUUGCCACAAGAAAACGGCACCAAGUGAAGAACAAACACCAUUGUAAAUACAACCUAUAUUUAUGUUGAUUUAUUUUCCCUUUUGUACUUUAACUAUUUGCACAUUGUUACAACACUGUAUAUAUACAUAAUAUGACAUUUGAAAUGUCUUUAUUCUUUUGGAACUUCUGAGUGUAAUGUUUACUGUUAGUAUUUAUUGUUUAUUUCACUUUUGUUUACUAUCUACUUCACUUGCUUUGGCAAUGUUAACUUAUGUUUCCCAUGCCAAUAAAGACCUUUGAUUUGAAUUUAAUUAAAUUGAGUGCGAGUGUGUGUAUGAGUGUGUGCCAUAUGGGUGAAGCUGAAGGUUAAUGUGUGUGUGUGUCAGUGUUGAUGUUGAUGAUUAUGACCUCUCUCAAUUCAAUUCAAAUCACUUUCGCUAUCUCAAUGUCUUUCUCUAGUCCAGUAAGUAUGUACAGUGCAUUCAGAAAGUAUUCAGACCCCUUCCCCUUUUCCACAUUUUGUUACGUUACAGCCUUAUUCUAAAAUAGAUUCAAUUAAAAAUGUUCCUCAUCAGACUGCACACAAUACCCCAUAAAGACAAAGCGAAAAGAGGUUUGUAGAUUUUUUGCAAACGUAUUAAAUAAAAAGCGGAAAUAUUCAGACCCUUUGCUAUGAGACUCAAAAUUGAGCUCCGGUACAUCCUGUUUCCAUUGAUCAUCCUUGAGAUGUUUCUACAACUUGGUUGGAGUCCACUGUGGUAAAUUAAAUUGAUUGGACAUGAUUUGGAAAGGCACACACCUGUCUAUAUAAGGUCCCACAGUUGACAGUGCAUGUCAGAGCAAGAACCAAGCCAUGAGGUCGAAGGAAUUGUCCGUAGGGCUCCAAGACAGGAUUGUGUCGAGGCACAGAUCUGGGGAAGGGUACCAAAAAAUGUCUGCAGCAUUGAAGGUCCCCAGGAACACAGUGGCCUCCAUCAUUCUUAAAUGGACGAAGUUUGGAACCACCAAGACUCUUCCUAGAGCUGGCCGCCCUGGACAAACUGAGCAAUCGGGGGAGAAGGGCCUUUGUCAGGGAGCUGACCAAGAACCCGAUGGUCAUUCUGACAGAGCUCUAGAGUUCCUCUGUGGAGGUGGGAGAACCUUCCAGAAGGACAACCAUCUUUGCAGCACUCCACCAAUUAGGCCUUUAUGGUAGAGUGGCCAGACGGAAGCCACUCCUCAGUAAAAGGCACAUGACAGCCCACUUGGAGUUUGCCAAAAGGCACCUAAAUGACUCUCAGACCAUGAGAAACAAGAUUCUCUGGUCUGAUGAAACCAUGAUUGAACUCUUUGGCCUGAAUGCCAAGCGUCACAUCUAGAGGAAACCUGGCACCAUCCCUGCGGUGAAGCAUGGUGGUGGCAGCAUCAUGCUGUGGGGAUGUUUUUCAGCGGUAGGGACUGAGAGACUAAUCAGGAUCGAGGGAAAGAUGAAUGGAGAAAAGUACAGAGAGAUCCUUGAUGAAAACCUGCUCCAGAGCGCUCAGGACCUCAAACUGGGGCGAAGGUUCACCUUCCAACAGGACAACGACCCUAAGCACACAGCCAAGACAACGCAGGAGUGGCUUCGGGAUAAGUCUCUGAAUGUCCUUGAGUGGCCCAGCCGGAGCCCGGACUUGAACCCAAUCAAACAUCUCUGGAGAGACCUGAAAAUAGCUGUGCAGCGACGCUCCCCAUCCAACCUGACAGAGCUUGAGAGGAUCUGCAGAGAAGAAUGGGAGAAACUCCCCAAAUACAGGUGUGCCAAGCUUGUAGUGUCAUACCUAAAAAUACUUGAUGCUGUAAUCGCUGCCAAAGGUGCUUCAACAAAGUACUGCGUAAAGGGUCUGAAUACUUAUGUAAAUGUAAUAUUUCUGUUUGUUUUAAUUUAUAAAUGUACACACAUUUCUCAAAACCUGUUUUUGCUUUGUCAUUAUGGGGUAGUGUGUGUAGAUUGAUGAGGGAAAAAACAAUUUAAUAAAUUUUAGAAUAUGGCUGUAAUGUGACAAAAUGUGGAAAAAGUCAAGGGGUCUGAAUACUUUCAGAAUACACUGUAUGCCUCCCUCCCUCAAUAGAAUGAAUACAUAGACACAUGUUCAAAUGUUCAUUUGUUAUAAACAAAAUACAUUUAAUCAAUUGAAAAACAUGAUCAGCAGUGAGUGUUACAGCAUAGACCGGCUUUACAUUUCUCUCCAUUAAAAAAUAAAAAAAUAAAGAAGAAAGAUGCAACUCAAAAGUUUAAAAAAAAUAAAUAAUAAUAAAUAUAGUUAACUGAUAAAUGUGUUUAUAACAGCAGAAGUCAUAGUCAUUGAUCUGCUAUCUGGUGUUCGAGGUGGUCUUUGAGUAGGGCAUCUUGGCCAGUCUGAGGAAGAUCGAUGUAGUGGUGAAAGACUCCAGGAUGUUUUGGAGUCGACGAUGAAGGAGUCGAGGAAUCAACUCUUUUGUAGUCAAAUCUCCACCACUACCUACCUAGGAAGUUUUGGCUUCAAGCACUUCGUCAAAUGCAUUUAUAAUUUAAAAAAGUUAACACAAUAUAAAUAAAAGCUUUGAUUGUUUGUUUGAUUGAUUGACAGGUAAAGUAGUGAUCCACAGAAUUGAAACGGCUAGUAAUUCACACUGUAAUCCAUAAAUCUUAGUUUCACCUAUAGCCUUAUUUGGUAAAUGUAUAUUACAUUUAUACAUUACAUAGGUACAUGAAGUAGACUGUUGAGAAAAACAACACAGGCUGUGUAUAAUACUGUGGUAGUAUUGUGUUGGGAUAACAGGCUGUGUAGAAUACUGUGGUAGUAUUGUGUUGGGAUAACAGGCUGUGUAGAAUACUGUGGUAGUAUUGUGUUGGGAUAACAGGCUGUGUAGAAUACUGUGGUAGUAUUGUGUUGGGAUAACAGGCUGUGUAGAAUACUGUGGUAGUAUUGUGUUGGGAUAACAGGCUGUGUAGAAUACUGUGGUAGUAUUGUGUUGGGAUAACAGGCUGUGUAGAAUACUGUGGUAGUAUUGUGUUGGGAUAACAGGCUGUGUAGAAUACUGUGGUAGUAUUGUGUUGGGAUAACAGGCUGUGUAGAAUACUGUGGUAGUAUUGUGUUGGGAUAACAGGCUGUGUAGAAUACUGUGGUAGUAUUGUGUUGGGAUAACAGGCUGUGUAGAAUACUGUGGUAGUAUUGUGUUGGGAUAACAGGCUGUGUAGAAUACUGUGGUAGUAUUGUGUUGGGAUAACAGGCUGUGUAGAAUACUGUGGUAGUAUUGUGUUGGGAUAACAGGCUGUGUAGAAUACUGUGGUAGUAUUGUGUUGGGAUAACAGGCUGUGUAUAAUACUGUGGUAGUAUUGUGUUGGGAUAACAGGCUGUGUAUAAUACUGUGGUAGUAUUGUGUUGGGAUAACAGGCUGUGUAUAAUACUGUGGUAGUAUUGUGUUGGGAUAACAGGCUGUGUAGAAUACUGUGGUAGUAUUGUGUUGGGAUAACAGUACUGUCAUUCAGAUACAACCAUAAUAAUAGUAAUCAAUAUAAAGACAGAGAGGUCAUAUCAUGGUUACAACUGAACAGAGAGGUCAUAUCAUGGUUAUAACUAUGAACAGAGAGGUCAUAUCAUGGUUAUAACUAUGAACAGAGAGGUCAUAUCAUGGUUAUAACUAUGAACAGAGAGGUUACAUCAUGGUUAUAACUAUGAACAGAGAGGUCACAUCAUGGUUAUAACUAUGAACAGAGAGGUCAUAUCAUGGUUAUAACUGUGAACAGAGAGAUCACAUCAUGGUUAUAACUAUGAACAGAGAGGUCACAUCAUUGUUAUAACUAUGAACAGAGAGGUCACAUCAUGGUUAUAACUGUGAACAGAGAGAUCACAUAAUUUUUUACAUUUACAUUUUAGUCAUUUAGCAGACGCUCUUAUCCAGAGCGACUUACAGGAGCAAUUAGGGUUAAGUGCCUUGCUCAAGGGCACAUCGACAGAUUUUUCACCUAGUCGGCUCGGGGAUUAGAACCAGUGACCUUUCGGUUACUGGCACAACGCUCUUAACCACUAAGCUACCUGCCGCCCCAGGUAUACUUAUUUACAUAAGUAUUCAGACCCUUUGCCAUGAGACUCGAAAUUGAGCUCAGGUGCAUCCUGUUUCCAUUGAUCAUCCUUGAGAUGUUUCUACAAAUUGAUUGGAGUCCACCUGUGGUAAAUUCAAUUGAUUGGACACGAUUUGGAAAGGCACACACCUGUCUAUAUAAGGUCCCACAGUUGACAGUGCAUGUCAGAGCAAAAACCAAGCCAUGAGGUCGAAGGAAUUGUCCGUAGAGCUCAGAGACAGGAUUGUGUCAAGGCAAAGAUCUGGGGAAGGGUACCAAAAAAUGUCUGCACCAUCAUGGUUAUAACUAUGAACAGAGAGGUCAUAUCAUGGUUAUAACUAUGAACAGAGAGGUCAUAUCAUGGUUAUAACUAUGAACAGAGAGGUCAUAUCAUGGUUAUAACUAUGAACAGAGAGGUCAUAUCAUGGUUAUAACUAUGAACAGAGAGGUCAUAUCAUGGUUAUAACUAUGAACAGAGAGGUCAUAUCAUGGUUAUAACUAUGAACAGAGAGGUCAUAUCAUGGUUAUAACUAUGAACAGAGGUCAUAUCAUGGUUAUAACUAUUUACAGAGAGGUCACAUCAUGGUUAUAACUACUGACAGAGCAGUAAUAAUGGUAAAAGCCUGUGUCUCAGCCAUGCAUGUAGUUUGGUUGACUCUCUGAGGAGAGAGACUUGGUCAUUAGGAAUCCACCUAAGACAGUUUUCCGCUGCAAUGCAAGUGUAUGCGUAUGACAUCUGAGAGGGCAAACAGGUCAAAGCUGUGUGUGUGUACAUUCUGUAGCACAGAGGUGUUUGUCCAGCACCCAGUCUCUCAGUAACAUGUUGACAGUGUGUGUUUUCUAUUUGCUACUUUGUUUGGCGUUUCUUCUCCAUUUUAACCACCUGUGAGUAUCUAGUGGUCAAGGUCCUCCUUGGUCGGUCAGUUUGGCGCUGGUCGGCAAAACAAUGUCAAGUAUUUUUAUUUAUUUAACCUUUAUUUAACCAGGUAGUCCCAUUGAGUUCAGAAUACUUGUUUUCCAAAGGAGACCCGGUUGUGGUUCUGUCUUAGCUAUUCAACCAUGUUCAGACCACGUAGGUCUCCUGUUUUAGGGACCCGGUUGUGGUUCUGUCUUAGCUAUUCAACCAUGUUCAGACCACGUUGGUCUCCUGUUUUAGGGACCCGGUUGUGGUUUCUGUCUUAGCUAGUCAACCAUGUUCAGACCACGUUGGUCUCCUGUUUUAGGGACCGGUUGUGGUUCUGUCUUAGCUAUUCAACCCAUGUUCAGACCACGUUGGUCUCCUGUUUUAGGGACCCGGUUGUGGUUCUGUCUUAGCUAUUCAACCAUGUUCAGACCACGUUGGUCUCCUGUUUAGGGACCCGGUUGUGGUUCUGUCUUAGCUAUUCAACCAUGUUCAGACCACGUUGGUCUCCUGUUUUAGGGACCCGGUUGUGGUUCUGUCUUAGCUAUUCAACCAUGUUCAGACCACGUUGGUCUCCUGUUUUAGGGACCCGGUUGUGGUUCUGUCUUAGCUAUUCAACCAUGUUCAGACCGCGUUGGUCUCCUGUUUUAGGGACCGUUUAGCCGGACUGGUCUCCAUAACCAGAUCAACGUCUAGAUAAUCUGUUGAUCCACUGUCCUGAGAAACCUUCUCCUCCUCCUCCUCUCCUCCUCUCCUCUCCUCCUCCUCUCCUUCUUUCUCCUCCUCCUGUUUUCUCGUCUUCCCGCGGUGGCAGAGGCCGGACUUGGCUGGUCCCACCAUGGCGAGGAAGAUGGCGCCCAGGCCCAUUCCCACAGCACAGGAGUAGAAGGCUGAGCCGUAGUUCUGGGUCAUAUCCACCAACAGGCCUGGGGGAAAAAACACACAGGAGGCAACGUCAGAGACACCUAAAGAUCUGGCAAGACCCUUCAAGAUCAUCAGGUUGGCGCAGUAGCAAUCAAAACCUUCUAGAUCAGUUCAAGAGAGAGGGUUACAGACAGACAAUGAGAGAGAGAGAGAGAGAGAGAGAGCUACAAAGUGAAGACUAAGAUCCAGACAGAGUAAAUCAGCUAGAGUCUCUUACCUCCCAGCGGUGGUCCGGCCAGCCCAGCAAAGCUCUGUAUACACACAUAGACCCCCACGGACGAGGGCAUCCUCUCUAUGCCCACCACGUCGUCCUCUGCCAGCAUGGGGAUGUGUGUAGAGCCCACAGUGCCCAUCAGGAAGCCAUAGAGACAGCAGCAGGCUGCCAGGCCCCAGAACUCAGUCACCAGGGUGAAGGCUAACAGCACCAGACACAGCAGAACUACACAUCCCAGAAGCACCUGGGUCUUACGCAUCCGCACCUUGUUUAAAAUGACCCCGAUGGACAGGCGCCCGCAGACCUCAGACACCGCCAUUACGGAGAGCAUGUAGGCAGCCUUUUCGGUGUGGACGCCACGGCUCUUACUGAGCUCUAUGAUGUAAAGCGAAGGGGCGAAGAACCCCAGCGUGGCGAAGAGGCCGAACAGAGAGUAGCAGAUGAACGCUCCAUCUUUUAACACCGAGAAGUCUAGGAGUUUAGGUCUGGCGGGUUGGACCAGGGGACCCAGCUCACCCUGCUCUUUCUCCCCAGCCUCCAGCUGCUUCAGUGGGGUUCCAAGGGUUGCCUGUCCCCCCUGGUUCUUCUCCCUUUGGUCCUCCAUGAGGGCCCAGGUCUCAGAGGGGUCCUGUGUGGCUGUGGUGGCCCGGAUGUCAGCACUGGAGGCGGACAGAGAGGUGACCCCAGAAUCCCCUGACUCCUCAGACUCCCCGGAGCUAACGUUGGUCUGGGUAUCCUCAUUCUCCAGCUCGUACACCGUCUGCAGCUUAACGGACAGCUUCCUCUUAUUGGACAACUCCAAUGACACUUCCUGGUUAGGCCUGAUGAUGAUUGGUCGAAGCAGAGCGCCGCAGCCAAUCACGGAGGUCUGCAUGAUGCCGAUGACGAUGAGGCAGUGGCGCCAGCCGAUGACCUCCUUCAAGGCCAUGAAGGCUGCAGAGGAGAAGAGGAGAUAUGUGGUUUUAAAUCUCCUUCCACUUUCAAAUGACUGUUAGAAACAUUUAAAACUCAUGUUUUUUUACGCUCCUCCACAAUGCUUUACUUUUAGAACAGUACCAGACACAAUAUCUGCCUUUUGAGAUUCAUUAGUCUGCGUCUGAAAUGGCACCAUAUUCCCUAGAUACAGUGAGGGAAAAAAGUAUUUGAUCCCCUGCUGAUUUUGUACGUUUGCCCACUGACAAAGAAAUUAUCAGUCUAUAAUUUUAAUGGUAGGUUUAUUUGAACAGUGAGAGACAGAAUAACAAAAACAAAAAUCCAGAAAAUAGCAUGUCAAAAAUGUUAUAAAUUGAUUUUCAUUUUAAUGAGGGAAAUAAGUAUUUGACCCCCUCUCAAUCAGAAAGAUUUCUGGCUCCCAGGUGUCUUUUAUACAGGUAACGAGCUGAGAUUAGGAGCACACUCUUAAAGGGAGUGCUCCUAAUCUCAGCUUGUUACCUGUAUAAAAGACACCUGUCCACAGAAGCAAUCAAUCAGAUUCCAAACUCUCCACCAUGGCCAAGACCAAAGAGCUCUCCAAGGAUGUCAGGGCCAAGAUUGUAGACCUACACAAGGCUGGAAUGGGUUACAAGACCAUCGCUAAGCAGCUAGGUGAGAAGGUGACAACAGUUGGUGCGAUUAUUCGAAAAUGGAAGAAACGCAAAAGAACUGUCAAUCUCCCUCGGCCUGGGGCUCCAUGCAAGAUCUCACCUCGUGGAGUUGCAAUGAUCAUGAGAACGGUGAGGAAUCAGCCCAGAACUACACGGGAGGAUCUUGUCAAUCAUCUCAAGGCAGCUGGGACCAUAGUCACCAAGAAAACAAUUGGUAACACACUACGCCGUGAAGGACUGAAAUCCUGCAGCACCCGCAAGGUCCCCCUGCUCAAGAAAGCACAUAUACAAGCCCAUCUGAAGUUUGCCAACGAACAUCUGAAUGAUUCAGAGGAGAACUGGGUGAAAGUGUUGUGGUCAGAUGAGACCAAAAUCGAGCUCUUUGGCAUCAACUCAACUCGCCGUAUUUGGAGGAGGAGGAAUGCUGCCUAUGACCCCAAGAACACCAUCCCCACCGUCAAACAUGGAGGUGGAAACAUUAUGCUUUGGGGGUGUUUUUCUGCUAAGGGGACAGGACAACUUCACCGCAUCAAAGGGAAGAUGGACGGGGCCAUGUACUGUCAAAUCUUGGGUGAGAACCUCCUUCCCUCAGCCAGGGCAUUGAAAAUGGGUCGUGGAUGGGUAUUCCAGCAUGACAAUGACCCAAAACACACGGCCAAGGCAACAAAGGAGUGGCUCAAGAAGAAGCACAUUAAGGUCCUGGAGUGGCCUAGCCAGUCUCCAGACCUUAAUCCCAUAGAAAAUCUGUGGAGGGAGCUGAAGGUUCGAGUUGCCAAACGUCAGCCUCAAAAUCUUAAUGACUUGGAGAAGAUCUGCAAAGAGGAGUGGGACAAAAUCCCUCCUGAGAUGUGUGCAAACCUGGUGGCCAACUACAAGAAACGUCUGACCUCUGUGAUUGCCAACAAGGGUUUUGCCACCAAGUACUAAGUCAUGUUUUGCAGACAGGUCAAAUACUUAUUUCCCUCAUUAAAAUGCAAAUCAAUUUAUAACAUUUUUGACAUGCGUUUUUCUGGAUUUUGUUGUUGUUAUUCUGUCUCUCACUGUUCAAAUAAACCUACCAUUAAAAUUAUAGACUGAUCAUGUCUUUGUCAAAAUCAGCAGGGGAUCAAAUACUUUUUUUCCCUCACUGUAGCACCCUGCACCCUAUAUGGGCCCUGGUCAAAAGUAGUGCACUACAUAGGGAAUAGGGCGCAAUUUGGUACACACUGUGAAACCGCAACGUACCUGGUGCGAAGGCAAACAUGGCAAAGGACUCCCCUGAGGAGGCCAGGGCGGUGACCAAGGAUCUCCUUCUGUUGAAGUACUGAGACAGCAGGGUGACAGUGGGGAGGAAGGCCAGGCAGUACCCCAGACCUGGACACAUUACAAAUGACAACAGAUGUUAUUGUUCACGCAAUCUGGAAAUCACAUGACUGACAUCAAACCAAACAACAUUAAAACACCAUCACAGGAGUACCUUUUCAUCAAGAUCAUUUCAAAUCAAGUUUACAAAGUGAAUACAGUCACUGUGCAAAAUGCUGUUGACGGUUUCACGUUUCAAUCCAUGUCUUAGACAUGUACACAUCAUUGGUCCAGCAGAGGACACACAGAGGGGCGUGACAGCCACCGGCACUGCAGCAAGGUCAGGGGUCAGAGGUCAUGGGUCAGAGAUCAGGGUUGACAGGUCACUCUGAUGUCAGAGGUCAGGGUUGACAGGUCACGCUCGGGCUUGUUGUCAUGACGACUACUGAAAGAGGACGCAGUUAAAGACAAAAACAAGGAGAAAGAAGACAGAGGUCGUUAAGUUAGCUGCUGUCUGUUUUAAAGGAAGGUGACGAGUUAUUUACUGGGACAGCUAGCAGUGCUUCGUUCUGUAAAAGAAAAGUUAUUUGGAUCGGAUCUGAAAGGAAAUAUUGGUUUAUUUUGGACAAUUUGGGAAUUGUUCUUUUCUGUUGUGUCAAUCUGUCCUACAGACUCAAGAUGGGGGAGUUUAGGCCUCAUUGAUACCACAGGUUUCAUUGAUAUGUUUAGAUGUGAAUUGAAUACAGCUUUGACAGUGGGGUUGGAGGUUAUUCUAUUUAUCCCACAAACAUAAGCCAGGUCUGAAAGAGACAGACAUCAGUCAGCCUCAUGCACUGCUAGGAGUCCCUUGUUUCAUUCAUAUGUUUUCAGCUGGAAUUGUAAGCAUGAAUGUAAAAGCUAAAGAUCAUUAUUCUCCUUACAUGUUCAAGGUUUUUCUAAUGAAUUCCACAUAUGUAUCACAAGAUAGACCAUUGCAGGAAGCGUGAAGUAGUGGUGUGUGUGUGUGUGUGUGUGUGAGCGUAAAGUAGGUUAGAUAGUUACCCGAGACGAUGCCGAGGGUGACGUACAUCUCGUAGAUGGAGGAGACGAAGGCAGAGCUGAUGGUUCCCACACUGAUCAGAAAACCCCCCAACAUCACUACAGGACGGUACCCGAACCGGUUACUGAGCACUGUGGACAGAGGGGCUGGAGAGAGAGAGGAGUGAGGAGAGAGAGGAGAGAGAGAGAGGAGAGAGAGGAGAGAGGGGGAUAGGAGAGGAGAGAGGAGAGAGAGAGAGAGGAGAGAGAGAGAGAGAGGAGAGAGAGGAGAGAGAGGAGAGAGGGGGAUAGGAGAGGAGAGAGGAGAGAGAGAGAGGGGGAUAGGAGAGGAGAGAGAGAGAGAGAGAGAGAGGGGAGAGAGAGAGAGAGGAGAGAGAGGAGAGAGGGGGAUAGGAGAGGAGAGAGGGAGAGAGAGAGGGAUAGGAGAGGAGAGAGGAGAGAGGGAGAGAGAGAGGGAUAGGAGAGGAGAGAGGAGAGAGAGAGAGAGAGAGAGAGGAGAGAGAGGGGGAUAGGAGAGAGAGAGGAGAGGAGAGAGAGAGGACCGUUAGUUUUACUACAGAGUACAGACAUGUUUUUCAUUUACCUUAUACACUAUUUAAUGAAGUAGUUGAUUGACACACAGGGGGUUCAGUGAGUAGGACAGAUUAUGUGUCCAAAUACUGUUCACAUAGCUUUACUGGCCUGUGAAGAAAGAUGAAGAUGCUCUCUCUGACCCACCUGUGAAGAAAGAUGAAGAUGCUCUCUAUGACCCACCUGUGAAGAAAGAUGAAGAUGCUCUCUCUGACCCACCUGUGAAGAAAGAUGAAGAUGCUCUCUCUGACCCACCUGUGAAGAAAGAUGAAGAUGCUCUCUCUGACCCACCUGUGAAGAAAGAUGAAGAUGCUCUCUAUGACCCACCUGUGAAGAAAGAUGAAGAUGCUCUCUAUGACCCACCUGUGAAGAAAGAUGAAGAUGCUCUCUAUGACCCACCUGUGAAUGUAAGGAUGAAGAUGCUCUCUCUGACCCACCUGUGA